GCUUCUGGGUCGGCACCGCCAACACACCCCUUCCGUCACCCAACGGCGGUGGUUGGGUCCGUGACAUCAUCAUCAUGGCAACAACAGCUGCAGCCAAGGAACUACUGCUGAGGAGCUCCAGUGGGGAGGGAGGGCGGCUUCUGACCAUGUGAGGUGUACACAAUCGGCUUGGCUGGGGCGAGCUUUGCCCGGGCUUGCCGCCGCCGCUGCUGUCGCCUGAGGGCUGGAGCGUGCGCGCGCACACACACGUCGGGCCCCUCCUUCCCCCCUCCCAUGAGUGCUCCGCCCGCUCGUCCAUGCGCACGAGGAAGCGCGCGCGGCGGGCGGGUGAGAGGGAGGGGGCUGCGCUCGAGCUGCGGCGGGGUGGCAGCAGCAGCCGCCGCCGCCGCCGCCUGAGGAGGCGUAAGUGCGGGGUGGGGGGCGGUGCACCCCAGCCUCGCGGUGCGCCCAACGGUCGCCCUCAGGGGCGCCUCCCCCCGCAGUGGCGAACAUGUUCUCAGUGAGGGUCGUGACCGCCGACUACUACAUGAGCAGCCCUCUGCCCGGCCUGGACCCCUGCCAGUCCCACUUCAGAGAGGCGCCCGUCAAGAAGGUGCCCGUCGUGAGAGUCUUCGGAGCCACCCCGGCAGGUAAGAAAGAGAGAGAACCGCCCAGUCGGGGGUGCAGCAGGUUCCCCCUCCUCCGCCCCAUUGAGAAACCAUUCGCGGCUCGGGAAUCCUGCGAGCGCAGCAGCCCUUUUCUCGGGGCUGCCUCUCCUUUUUGUGACUGGCUGAGUGACAGGCGCUGCCUUUCCUCCCUGCGGUGUUGGCGCGCUGCAGCGGGUGCCUCACCUACCUGCCGCCGCCGCCGCCACCCCUUUGGCCGCUGCGGUUGAGUGAAGUCGCCCAUGGCCGGGGCCCCGCCUGGUGGCGGCGGCGGCGGCAAGCAGCCCCCGCCGCGGUGUGUCUGUGUAUUAUUGUGCUCGCUAUGGCACGCAGGCAACGCCGGGAGAGCGCCUCCUUCCCUUGUAGGGACCGCGCCGCUGACCCCUGACAGUUGCACGGAUGGGAGGUGGUCGGAGGGUGGAGGGCGCUCUACUUGCUGCUGGUGUGUCUCGGGUGCACUGCCAGUGUAUCCUGUGCUUGUGCUGCUGGAAGUGGAUGGAUUCGCUCCCCUCCCGCCCCCGUGUAUUACAAAUAUUAUAAGCCGUAAUGAAAUGCAGCUGUAUAAACAGGGCUAUUUCAUACUAGUGGCAGUGCUGAGCAACAACUCAUAUUGGGAGGGUUUUUAUUGUUGUUGUCUGUUUUAAAGCAUAACCUCCUCAGCUGUAGAAUUUCCACACCACAUGUAGGAAGUUCCUGAGCAUGUUCUUAUUUCAUGAAGGUUUCAUUAAGCAUCCAUAACAGGGACAUUUUCAACCCAUGGCCUUUAAAUUGUCAGUCUGCGAACUUCAUAAAUUCGCUGGGGUGGUAAACAAGAGCUGUUGUCUCCACUGCAGGAGUACUAUUCUAAUCCCUCAGAAAAUUUCUAAAACUGGUUUUCCUUUCAAAAUUCCUUGUUAAUAUCCAUAUAUUACUACACUCUGUUCUUUUCAUUUUUCUCUACUCUGUCAUCUUCCUGCUCCACCAGUCAAGCUAACCACUGUUAUUGGGUUUUUUAAAUAAUAAUAAUAAUUUCCCAUUACUGUUUUAACAAACCAGUUUUAGUUGAUGUUAUAUAAACUUUGGUAGUCAUAAAGUGACCUGGACAACUACACAGUUUGUGUUUCAGCUGGGCCACAUAUAUAUUGAUGAUACCACACAGUGAUAUUGAUUGCAUGGUGAAAGACUGGACUUACACAAGAAAAUGACACAAUAGUUCAGACUUAGGCCAAAUAUUGUAAUGAAUAACAAGGAAGUAGGUUGACAAGAUAUGCUAGUGUAAAACAUUAAUAGCUUUCCUACGAUUCUUUGCUUGUGUUUAGUAUCCUACAUAUUAUUGGCAGAAGUUAAUACGUCACAUGUUAUUUUCACCUACUUUUUUUGAAUUCGUUUUCAGACUAAUUAUAUGAAGGGAGAAUAUUUGAGUGUUAUGUAAACUGGGUAAUUGUUUUCAUAAUUCAUAAGUAUGAAGGAAGCUGUGGAAGCAGCAUGGUUUUUAUGCAUUAAAUGUACAGUAGCUUCUUGUUUAGCAAAUGUGGCUCUCCCCCCUGCCCUGAGUACUGUGAUCAAUUAUUAUGUUUACUUUUGGAAAUUUUUACACACCCAUCCACAGCAGCAGUGAACAUCCCUGCAUACCCAGUGCAGAGAAUGGGGAGGAGAAGCAAUAUAUGUCCUGUGUAAGCCCAACAAAAUACAUAAAAAACACCCUCCUUUUCUACUGAAUUCUCUACAAUUCAUGGGAAACUUGUGAGAUGGAGAGGAUAUUUUAUUUCCUUCCCACUGGACUUUUACAAAAGGGGGGGGAAACAGUACUUCAGUGCCUUCUAGGAAUGCCCAGAAAGCACAUUUCUGUUAUCCCAGAGUUUUCUGCAUAUGCCACAGGGCAUGAGAGAAGGGAGGCAACCACAAGUGAGGGCUGACAACAAGCCAAGAUAAAAAUUGUCCAUCCCUGUAUGACAAUGGAACAUACUACGGCAAAGCCCCUCCUCCUGCACAAUGUAGCAUAAAGAGUAAUUGAAUAAAAUUCCCUGGUAACAUGGUAUGCACUUUUAAAUGGCCUGUGGAAUAAGGUGUUCAUUACUUCUAAAAAGUUUAAAGAUUAGCCUGAUACAUCUCCUUGAGAGAGCUACAGAAUGGAAAAAGAUUUGAGCAGCGCUUCUCAACAUCCUUAAAGCUGCCUGCUAUACAAUCUUACUUGGGAAUAAGCCAAGUAAUAUUCAAAGUGAAUUCAGUGGAAGUUACUUUCAGUAAAUCUGCAUAAGAAUGGACUGGAAGUCUCACUGAAAUUGAACAGAAUUUUCAUAUAAUGACUGCAUAUCUGGCAGUACAAAAAUUGUCAAGUUACUAUUUUGUCAUUGUACCAUGCCUCAGUAUACCUGUAUUAUAUAGCUGUGCUAUUGUAACCUUGUCUUUGGAAUACCAUCUUACUCGGCUAUGAGUGAUCACCAAAGAAGAUUUAAAAAUCUACAGCUAAUGCAUUGUUAUCAAAGUUUCAUGCCUCAUCAAUUUAGUGUUCCCAUGACUUGCAUAAGAUCCAACAUGACAACUGUGACCAGAGUAUUUUUACAAGUGAGUCCCUCAAAUACAUCAACCCACAACUUUUUUUUACUAGUUUCUGUUGGCUAGCUUUUGUAAGGCAUUGCUGAUGGGGGGGGGGCAGCUCUUCCAAUUUACAAAAUUUUCCCUGCCUGGUUUUAGGCCAGUGGUCAUUUAAAGAACUGCAGUACCAGUUUCUUUAUGGAAUCCUCUACAUAGCAACUAAUUUUCUGCGGGAUGUAGCAUGCAACCUCACAGUGAAGCAAUCAAUAUAUUGCAUAAUAUAAUACUAGAGUGAUCAUAACCGGAUAAGGGAUUUAUACAUGAACUACUCAAUUUGAAUUUUUGUAAAUACAUUGUUUGCAUUAUUGAAUCUUGUGCAUUUCAUUGGUUGGGGAGCAUGUGUAUUUUCUCUGGAUGGGAAAGAAAAUGAGCAGCCAACCAUGUGAACAGGCUGGAGAUAAGUAUUAUCAUGGUUGCUUCUUAAUUUUGUAUGCAGACUGACACUGGAAAGUUUCCCUUUGACAACUUUAUUGCCUUUAACAGGAAAAUUAGCUAACCUCUAAUGGGGAGUAAUGAGGAGAAUACCAAAUAGCUAUUGAAUGUCCCUACUACGUGUAUAUUCUUUGCAAAGGCAAAUUCUUCAGCAAGAUUUUAGCUCAAAAACAAUGUAAGGCCUAAAAUAUAAAAGGGCCUUUGGCUGCUGCUAGAAAGACAUCAAAAUGGGCACUAGGUGAAACUUUCUGGGGAGAAUAUUUUCAAGCUGAGGCACAUCCACUAAAAGGGUUCUUUAUCCCACCAUACUUCAGAUUUUUAUUUUAUUUUAUAUAUGUUGUUAAAAAAUAUAAAUAUACUGCUUGAUGGUUGAAAACAAAGAAAGCUCAAAGUAGUUUACAAAAUAUAAAAUAAAACAUUAAAAUUAUUGCUAAAAACAAUUACAGUCAUACCUUGGAAGUCAAACGGAAUUCGUUCCAGAAGUCUCUUCGACUUCCAAAACAUUCAGAAACCAAGGUGCGGCUUCCGAUUGACUUCAGGUUAAGAACUUUUCUUCAGGAUAAGAACAGAAAUCGGGCUCCGGCAGCGUGGCGGCAGCAGGAGGCCCCAUUAACUAAAGUGGUGCUUCAGGUUAAGAACCAUUUCAGGUUAAGACCGGACCUCUGGAACAAAUUAAGUACUUAACCCGAGGUACCACUGUAAUAGUAAAUCCAUAAACUUGGCCCAGUAGCAAAUGAACACCCAGAUCACAGAACAGAAGAAGGUCUCACUCCUGUUAGCAACUGUGCUGCAGCAUUCUGCACUAACUGCAGCCCCUAGAUUGAACACAGGUGAAUCCCCACAAGUGCAGCUCCUAGACUGAGCACAAGUGCAUUGCAGUAAACCAGAUGGCUAUCAUAUCUCCUCUCAGUCUCUUCUUUUAUGGGCUAAAGGUACCCAGCUCCUUCAACUGUUCCUCAUAAGGCUUGGUUUCCAGACCCUUGAUCAUCUUGGUUGUCCUUGUCUGCAUACUUCUCUCUGACCUUAUGCUAUUCACUAUGUCUGUAGUCUAGACACCUGUAUAGUGCAAAGAGCAUAAAACUUUUUUAUGUCCUGUAUAGCACUUGACACAUUAGCAACAAACGCCUUCUAGUAGCAGUAGGGUGAGAAUGGUAAGGGAGAAGGGUAGCAAAGGUAGCUGCUCUGAGGUACGGAGACAAACAACAAUCCUGGUGAAGAGGGAAUUUUGUUCUGUCCGCUGCUGCCCUCCCUGCACAGCAGGGUCAAUAAAGUAAAGGGACUUAUUUUCUUGAAGAUCCACUGUAUCAGGGGAAGAUGGGGAUAAGAACUGUGUCACAUAUUCCAUGACUAAUCCAGUGCAAUAGCUAGUAAAGGGGAAUACAUGUCUUGGAUUACUGUAUUGUCUUAUAUGUGGAACUGCCAUUGAAAAUGGUCUGAAAAAUUAAGGUGCCUCCAAACCAGGCAGUAAGGUUUUUAACAGAGACUGGUUAACAUGACCGAAUUACAUCAGUACUUCUUCAUUUGCACUGACUUCAACUCUGUUUCCAGGUCCAAUUCAAUCAUCAUCUAAGGCCCUUUUUCGUGUGCCUCCAUGAGAGGUCUGUAGGGCAUCAGCAUGAGAACAGGCCUUUUCUGCAGUGGCUCCCCGUUUGUGGAAUGCUCUUCCCAGGGAGGCACAGAAAUUUUAAUAAUAAUAAUUCAAAGUGCUGAUUUAACCUUUAAAGUUCUAAAUAGCUAUGGCAAGGUGACCUGAAUUAUCUCCUCCCAUAUAUACUUAGCCAGAUUCUGAAAGACCUUUUCCAGGUGCCCUCACCAAAUGAUAUGCAACUGGUGGUUCCUGGAGGGUACGUGUUUUGGGCAGUGGCAUUCCAGUUGUUGAAUCCCUCUUCAGAAAUGCUUGCCCAGUACCCACUUUAAAGCCAGUUGAAUAUAUAUAUAUAUACAGUGGUGCCUCGCAAGACGAAAUUAAUCCGUUCCGCGAGAGUCUUCGUCUAGCGGUUUUUUCGUCUUGCGAAGCAAGCCCAUUGACGGAUUAGCGCUAUUAGCGCUAUUAGCGGUUUAGCGGCUAUUAAAGGCUUAAAGGCUUAGGGGAUUAGCUGCUAAAAGGCUAUUAAAGGCUAUUAAAGGCUUAGCAGAUUAGAUAAAGGGGGAGCGAAAAAAAUCUCAAGACUCGCAAGAUAUUUUCGUCUUGCGAAGCAAGCCCAUAGGGGAAUUCGUCCUGCGAAGCAACUUCAAAAUGGAAAACCCUUUCGUCUAGCGGUUUUUCCGUCUUGCGAGGCAUUCGUCUUGCGGGGCACCGCUGUAUAUAUAGUUUGAAACAUGUUUUAAUGAAAAACAAAUAUAUUUGUGUUGGAAUUUUCAUUGAUUUUGGAAAAAUCAGGUAAAUGCUGAAGUGUUCAUUUACGUAGGAGAAAAGAUUUUCUUUCCAGGGUUACUGUGUUAUAUUGGACACAACGAAAUAAUGGAAACAUGAGCAUCAAAUACAUUGCUGCACCAAUUAUAUGUUUGCAUGUGUAUGUAAAGCAUUUUACAUGUACAUCUAAAAAUGUAAUGAGUGUUUGCAGCAAAUGUAUACUUCUACUGUACAUAUGAUAUGGCUGUAUACGCCAGGGAGCUGAAGUUGGCCUCAGCUGGUCUCUCCUCCCACCCUUGUACACAUGCUGGUAAACAUAAAUUUACUGCUGCAUAAUAUAGAAGUAGCCCUUGGUGUUGCUUUUACUGAUUUAAUACUAUUUUCAUACAAUAAGAAAGUAAAAAAGAUUAACUAGCUUGUAAUGGAAAUGUGUAUUCCAGUUUCAUAAUUUAUAAUAAGAAAUAAACAAGUAGAGAAAAGUAGUUUUAAAUUCUCGAGAAAGUGGUACUAUAGUCAGUAUUUGCUUUAUCCUUGGCUUGCAUUUUAUUAGUCAUUUGGCCUAUGUAUAAAUCCUAUGCAUGGCAAAAAAAAACCACUAAAUUGGUAGAAUGCUAUCCUUUGCUUUUACCAAACUGCAGCCACAUGCCAAAGGAGUUUUAUUUAUUUUUUGUUACAUUGCUAACUUGCCUUCACUCGAAGUUUGGGUAGUAUAUAAGAGGUCAAUUCCCUCUCUCUCCUCCUCCCUCCCUCCUUGUUUAAGCAGUGUGAAUGGCCUGAUUCUUGAUUCUGUGGUCAAGAUUUUUAAAAAAAACUUCUUCUCCAAAUCUUACACUGAAUUUUUAUUUGCCUCUUUGUUUCUACAAGCUGCUGCACCAAAAAAUAUUGAUUCCUCACUCCAGUCAUGGUUUUCAGCUAUACAUAUAAAGCUCUGGAUUGUAGUUUAGUAGAGAAUCAAAACUGUUAGCACCUCAGAUAUUCCCACCCCCAGCCCUACAGGGAGUACUACUAUAAUUGCUGUUUACUUAGGAAAAAAAGGAUCCCUUGAUACCAAGUAGCAGCCACAACAAGGAAAUGCUUUAAAAUCUUGUGAUUUCAGGUCAUUCCUAUUAUUUUGCUAACAUGUCUUACAUGUUUAUCUUAAUGGUUAUAGUUUGAUUGAUUGGAUUCAUUCACUGCCUUUUUGUCAAUGCAGUGUACAAUUUUAGAAUUGUUCAAUUUUACAGUUCUCCCACCCACUCACCUGCAGAUAAGGUAAAGCAAACAAACAAAAACAACCCCGCCCCCAUCCCUUUUUCAUUCUCAUGGAGCUGAUUAUAUCUGUUGGUCCAGUGGGAGGAAGGAACAGACUCACUGGUACACACGCAUAUGGUAACAUUUUCCUGCAGUGGGGAGGGAAUUCUCAGGUGCCUGGUAGCAAAUUUGGAUUUUUCCAAAAUCUGUGAUAAGUGUCGUGGAAUUAAACAGGAAAAUUGAGUAUAUGAGCAAUAAUUUUUCUAUAUAUGUAUCUAUGAGGUCUUUUUGUAUAUGAAAUUCACUGACCUACUCUGUUAUUAUUCUGGACUGGCUAAUUUUGUUUUAAUUAGGUUUAUGGAUAUAUGUUUUAUUUAAUGUUUUAAUGCUUCCUAAUAAGGAAAAUAUGGUAAUUUUCCUUUGAAAUAACAUGGCAUAAAAAUGCAUAAACUUAUAUUCAUGUAUUUUCCCUAUACAGUUAAAAUAUAUAGUGCUGCCAUUGAAAAGUAUUGUAUAUGACUAAGGUCUAUUAGUUUCAUUGGUCUACUUCAAAUAAUGCCACCCAUAGCCACACAAAAUGGUUUGCCAAAACAAUCAGAGUAGCAUCCAUAUCUCUCCAUCUUGUGAAUUAACAUAGAUAAACAGGGACCACAUAGCCAAGAAGCCAUGUUUUUGUAUUCUUCCUUCACUAGUUUACAUUGCUGAAUUAAUUUUUCAUCCAGGGCUAGUUGCUGGUACCACCUUCAAGUAGAAAAUGUUUCCAGCCUUUGAGUUUUGCACUAUUUCCAUAAGCGCUGCAAGGAACACUUUGAAGAUUAAGUCCUUGCAUAAUGAUUAUUUGGUUCCCCUCCCCUGCAAAAAAAAGUGAGGGCCCAGUCUAAUUGAAUGGACUGCUACUCUGUUUCCUAGUACAACCUGACUGAGAAAAGGUGCCACUUGAAUCUCAGGCCAAAGUUAUGCCAUGUUGAAUUCCUACCCAGUCAGGACAAUAUUUUCCAGACAUUUUUUUCUUUCCUUAAGCCUUUUAACAAGGGAUCGAAGUUUAUCACCUAUUUGUAAAAUAAUCUUAGUUAUAAUGAUAGCAAUGUAUUGAAAGCUGCUGAAUUUCAAAGUCAAGUAUGAAAUGGAUUUUUGCAAGUGCUUCUGCACUAGAAGUGAUAAAUUAAUAUAAAAGAUAACGCAUGUUGCAUAAUUACCGGUAUUUUUAAACCACCCAUCUUAUGGAAGCAGUCUAAUUGACUUCAGUGCUGAAAAUGUCAGUACGGCGUUCAAAGUGUUAAUAGCACAUAAUCAGCAAAAAAACUGAUUGGUAAUAUUUCAUAUCAUUUGUGUUUAUACUUUGAAAUCCAGGAGCCACUUUAUGUUUUUGAACUAAUGCCUCUAUUGCAUUUGCAAAGAGGAUUUGGGACAGUAGACAUCCUCGCUUGGUUCUCUAGGUCUGUUAGGAUGAAUAAGAAGGAUUGUAAAUUUUGCAUUGUUAGAAAUUUCAUAGAAACAAACAGAAAUACUUUUGUGUAGACUUCAAAGUUGAUGAAAAACAGGCCACACAGUAAACCUGUUUCUAUGAACUAUCCACCUUGUUUAAGGUGUUCAUAUCUCACGUAUACUCAUGAAUCUAUGUUUAUAGGUUACUUUCAAUAGAAUUAAUUUGGUUUUUUAUUAUUUGCCUUUAAAGUUAGUGAAUCAUAUUAAUUGUUUUGGCAAAUAGGUUUGACAACUUUCUGGAAUCUUCCAGUUUUAUGAUUCUCAAAUAUUGGUAUCUGGUUCUCUAGGUCAGAAGACUUGCCUCCAUUUACAUGGUAUUUUUCCUUACCUGUAUGUGCCAUAUGAUGGUUAUGGGCAGCUGGCAGAACAUUAUCUGCGUCAUUUGGCAUUCAGCAUUGACCGAGCACUGAAUGUAGCUUUAGGAAAUCCAUCCUCUUCUGUUCAGCAUGUAUUCAAAGUGUCACUAGUAUAUGGAAUGUAAGUAUUACUUUAUUAUCCCUUUUUAAUUUGGUGGGUUGUGGGGCAUGAGUUGCUGUUGACAAAAUUUAAAGACACUUAUAAGGUAUUCAGGUUAUAAAGCACUGUUAGUUAAUAAAGGAUUUAGAAUCAUAGAAUUGUAGAGUUGAAAGGGAUCUUGAGAGUCAUCUAGUCCAACCUCCUUAAAUGCAAGACUCUCAACUAAAGUAUCCAUGACAGAUGACAACCACCUGGGGGAGUAUGUUGCACUCUCAAACAAUUCUUAUUGUCAGAAAGUUCUUCCCAAUGUUUAGUCAGAAUCUCCCUUCUUGUAACUUGAAGAAAGGUGUAUUAAAAAUACUUAUGCAAAGGCUUUGAGUUUACAAUAUUUGUUAGUAUCCUUAUACACAGAAGAGAACAACUUUCCCCCUCUGAGUAAGUCAUUUCAAUUCCCACUCUCUCACCAGUUUAGUUGCCCUUUUGAUGCCAUGUAAACUUGAUGUCCUGAGUUUAGUUCAACCCCAACUUUUCUUUCUCUGAAGAAUUUUUUUUAAAAGUGGGCUAUAAAUUUAUUAAACAAAAUAAUUAAAUAUAUUGACUACACAGGUUUCCAGUACACUUGUGCUAUAUUCUUUAACUUACUAUAUUUUUGGUAAGCUUUUGUAAUAUUUCCUGGAUAGUUUGAGAACCAUAUGUGAAAGCUUUGUUUUAAAGCCAUCUAGGAUUGUGUUAGUAAGCAAAGUCUUACCUUUCAAGUCCUGUGAUUCACUCUGGUCCAUUUACUACAUAGUUUUUGGAUGAUAAAAUGCCCCUCAUGUAGGACUAGCAAACAACCAUAAUUAUGAUGCACAGAGGAUAUCCAAAUCUGGAGCUUAGUGGAAGGUCUGAAGUGCUGAACUGCCAUUUACUGCAAUAGGGUUGUUCAGCUUACAGAUCAUGGGACAAACAAUAACAUUACACCUUACUGAAUAUUUGUUUUCCAGACCUUUUUAUGGUUACCAUGAAAAAGAAAGACAAUUUAUGAAGAUCUACCUUUAUAAUCCUGCUAUGGUGAAAAGGUAAUGUAGUAAAAAUAUGAUGUGUCUACUUUAGAAAAUAACACUUUCCCUGUUACCUUUCAAUAUUGCACUCUGCCAGCAGCUGCCUUUAAAGACAAUUUAGAAGCUGCUGCUUCUAAUUCUAAUUUGUGGAUCACUGGUGGCUCCUGGAUCAUAGUUUGGGAACUUCUGGCUUAAACAGAUGCAAACAGCUUCUUUUAAUAUCUGCUCCUGCAAAUACAACACAUGUAAAUUGGCUCUUUGGAGCAUGGUUUUAGUGCCUAAAAAUUUCACUGUUUAGCUAUAAUUCUGUGUGCUAGAAAAAGUAUAUUUUGUACUUUUGGCUUGUGUUUCAGUAUUGAUCAGCAUUAUAUUUCAACCAGUGCUAUGUUUAAACCAGCAUUAUAUUUAAAUAACAUGGUAAUAUGUUUCAUUUCUAACUUUUUCCCAUUUUAGAGUGUGUGAGCUUCUACAAGGUGGAGCCAUAAUGAAUAAAAACUAUCAACCUCAUGAAGCUCAUAUUCCCUACCUCCUCCAGCUCUUUAUAGAUUACAACUUGUAUGGAAUGAAUCUAAUAAACCUGGCUGCUGUCAAGUUUAGAAAGGCGAAGAAAAAAGGUAUGCAAUUCCAAUUCAUAAAUAUUAUUUAGCAGUUUUUGACAAAUCUCUGGAAUAGACUUUGUGUGACACAAGAUAUGAUAAUUGAUUCUGCCUUUCUAAUAAAUGAUGUAUUUUCCAUACUAUUCUUCACUGUUGGUAUACCAUGUAAUAUGUAAAGAUGUAGUUUGAAUUGAGGAAAGAAACACAGUACUUUCCCACAUUUAGAGACAAUUUAUUCAGCUUGGGGUUCUCUUAGGGUUAUUUUUGUGAUGAUAGGAAGUUAGCUGGCAUAUACAGAGCUACAUUGGAACUACUGCAUCCUCCAAUUUAAGCAUUAGCCAGCAGUCAUAGAUGACAAGGAAUUCCAUGCAGCUGAAUAUGGUGAAUUGCUUCAUUUUUCCUCUGUGCCUAGGAUAGACACCAGGUAGGCAGCUAGAGGAGAGACGCCCCCUCCUCCACACCUAGCAUAGAAAUGCUCCCAUAUGAGAUGUGAUGAUCAAUCGAGACGACCUCCCCAAACCUAUGGAAACACUGGUAGAGACCUAUUGGAUUAGAGGCUUUAAAUAGGCAUUAUAAAUUGGUUCUAAGUAGUGGUUCCAACUUUAAGAUGCUGUUACACUUUUCACAAUAAAUGACAGACUAGCUGCUAUCAUUGUUGUUUAUUGUAUUUUAGAUUAUUUUAGUUUAUGUUUAUUACAUGUGAAAAAGAAGUAAAAUACAUUAAAAAGGAAUGCAGUGGGAUGAUUCAGCAGGCUAUUAAUUCUGUUUUCAGGCUAGUAAUUUUCUAUGCUUAUUCACAAAGUUGUGCUAUUUAGAUCGUACAGCUGCCCUACAUUUGUUGUAAGGCUGAUAAGACAACAACCAUCUCAUGCAUUAACUGAAUACAUGAGGAGGAAGCUGGAACACUCCUGUCAGCCCUACCACAGAUGCUGACACAUUCUUUGUACAUCCUCACCACUCCAGCUCCAGGAACAUAGCCAGCAGGCAAAAAAGCAUUUAGUGCAUAUAUAUGGGGGAGCCUCUGCUUUAGGAAAUCUGUCAUAGGCAGUAGCAGACAGUUGGGUGUAGUGGCAGUGCUUACUCCCUGACUGGGAGAAGCCAGAUAUUUGGAAAGUUAGUGUUGUGCAAUGCACUGGCAGGAGUGCUGUAUCAGCUCCACUUCUGAGUUUGCACAGUGGCAACUUUCCUUCUGCCUUGUUUCUCCCACUUUCCAGAAACAAACCAGCAAAAACUGGAAAAAUGUGGGGAGUCCCAUUUACUCCCUGGGCCUUCACACCACUGAUAAUGAAACUGUAUAUGAUUGAGGCAAUGUGUGUACACAGACAUUUCCCCUUUCCUCUGUAGGACCUUGUUAACAUUUCUCAAGCUCCUCCUUCCAUGAAUGUCAAUAAUUAUCUUUGACUCUCUACCGUGACACUACUUUUCAACACUGGGAGAGCAGGUUUAGCCCUUAUUUAUUUUACUUAUUUUUUUAAAAAAAUUACACCCUCUUUUCACUAUCAAAAUCUCAAAGCAUCUUACAACGAUAAAAAUAAACAUUUAAAAAACAAAUUAAACCUCAGAUACUUAAAACCUCAGAAAUAUAAAAUUUACCCCAACUGCUAGAUUGCGACCGCUUCAAAUUCUCUGACAGAAAUGUCUGGCUCAGAUUAAUCUCUUCCAAAACCAUACUUUUUUUAUCAGGCAACAGGAAACUAGUACUGUUGUGAGAGGACAGUUGAGUUAUACUAAUGGGCAUUUGGUUAGGGACCAAUCUGUGGAACAGAGUAUUGAGAGCAAAUAAAAUAUGUGACCCAAGCAAAUAAAAGCUAAGGCCCUAGAAGCUCAAACUUUGUUGGAAAGUAUUAGUAGGUUCUCUUCUACUUAUGCUAUGCCCAAUGUUCUCUGAAUCUGAAAAGGUCACAGGGCAAACAAAUGGGAUUAGAGUUUUAAGAACAUAAGACAUAUCCUGCUGGAUCAGAGCAAAGGCCCAUCUAUUCCAGCAUCCUGUUAUCACAGUGGCCAACCAGAUGCCUAUGAGAAGCCCACAAGCAGGACCUGAGCAUAAUAAUAGUUUCCCCGCUUGUUUCCCCAGCAGCUGGUAUUCAGAAUCAUAUACCUACUGAUACUCUUGUAUUUUCUCAAGCACCCUUUCUUAAACUGAUUUUGCAUUUAUUUUUGUUAUAGGAUUCUGACUUCAUUCACAAUGCAAGUGGAAUAUGAAUGUUUUGUUAAAGAAACAACAACAAAAAUCAUUUUCAAUAUAAAAUGUUUAGAGUAAUAAUAGUUCACAGUACCUGAAAGCUUAUCUACUGUUAUCUGUUUGUAGGUGAUGUAUUAGAAGAAAGUGGAUCUUAUAAAUACAGUUUGUCGGGACAUUCUGCUACCAAAACCCUUCUUCAAUGGGAAAACAAUCAAAUACCAAGGUUAGCAUCUCUGAAUAUAUAUCUCUCUAAAUAGUCUUGAGACCACUUAGUCUAAAAAAUAGUUAUGGCAUAAGCUUUCAUGGACUGCAUUCCACUUCAUCAGAGGCUUGAAGUGUUACCCUGAGGUACAGAAAUAUAUGCAUAUUUGGGGAAAAUUGUAAACAGUAAUGUCAAAAGAAAAGGAAAUGCUAAAAGUAUAGCUGUUGAUAAUUAUGUUAUUAACAGUGGCCACUGACUAAAAAAUAGUUGGAAGUAUACAUGUCCAGGCACUGGUUAGCUAAUUAACACAUGAAAUGUGAGAAAAAGAAAUAUUUGCCCCGGUUCAGUGUCUACUUGCUGUCACUGGUGGAUUGAUUCAAGACAAAGGUGGCUGGAUGGAGGAAGCACAGAUAGGCCCAGUUAAGCCAUGUUUAAGAAUAUGGUUCUGACCAAACAGGAUUUACUAAAUACAGUAAGUCUUCAACUUAUGCACAUUUCACUUGUGUGCAUUCAGCUUUACACCAGUGGCAAAAAAUAAAUAUAAAGUAAGGGGUGGGGUUCUGGGAAAAAUUGCUUUGGCAAUCCCACUCACUGUUGAACACAAUGUGUUUUGACUAUACACAAUUUUGACUUUAGGCGCAAUCCCUGUAUGGUAAGAAUUCACCUCUACACCACUUGUUCAUUACCCAGUUGAGGAACAGCCACCUUUUGAAUAAACAACAGACCCAAGGAAACUAUUUCCAAGUCCAGCAUCCAGAUUUAGGGACCCAGCAUUUAUCAUAGCUAUUGCAAUAGGACAGAGCUCAUUCAACUCAAUGUGCCAGUUGAGAAGGUCUGCCUCAAGGCACUUUGGAACAGAAGUUUAUAUAGUAGUUCAAACACAGCAAACAAAGAGUCAUAAAACAUCUUCACAUGCAUCAGGAAAGGUUACAGGUCAUGAAAAGUAAAGCAAAUGUGGCUGCAUACUGGUAUCUUCACCUCCACAUCACCUUGGAGUGGCCCUGAUGUGUCCAGACCAUUUUGAAUAGCCAGAUAUCUGGCAUUGCCCUGGCAACCUAGCCUUCAGUGAGGGAAGAACAUCAUAAAAUCCUCUUCCUGGGUCUCAGAUAGCUUCAAUGAUAGCUGAUUUAAACUCUGGUGCUAAAACAUCCUGCCAUUUGUACCACUUUCAGUGGUAGAUAAGGAGAGAUGGAAUGCAGCGUAGGAAUGGGGAGACUAACAAAUGCAGAACACGCAAAAAUCAAGCCUAAUACAUUCUAAAAGGUCUCUAAUUCUUAUACUGUAUCACCUGGAAUGUAACUGCUGCAUAAAUUGCAGGCUUACUGUAUUACUGCUUAGUUGAUUGUGGUAGAAGAACGGUUAAUAUUUCCAAAUAUUGUAAUUUAUAUUAGGCUAUAUUCCACCCAUAUAUAUUUUAUGGUUGCCUGAACUCCAUAGCCCCUAAAAUCCUCUGUGUUAUCUCUUAUCCUCACUGUCAGCCUCAUUUAUUUAUUUAUUUAUUUACUUACUUACUUACCACCAACUCAUAGAAAUAUCAAGGCCAUCUACAGCUAUAUAUAUACAAGUACAAUAAAACAUCAAACACAAUAAAAAUACAAAUCUUGCCUAUAUUUCUAUCAUUGUGAACACAUGAAUCUGUCCCUUUCGGUACAUUCACAAACCACUUAUUUAAAUACAUCCUGACUUACCGUAUUUUUCGCUCUAUAGGACGCACCUUGUUUUAGAGAGGGAGAACAAGAAAAAAAAUCCUCCCCAUCUCUGCGCAGCGCCCCUUCAGCGAAGCGGCAGGAGAAACUGAGCCCCUUCCAUUUCUCCUUCCGCUUAGCUGAAGGGGCGCUGCGCCUUAGCUGAAGGGGCACCUACCCUUCAGCGAAAGGAACCCGAAGCCUCCGGAGCGCGGCGGGAGCGCUCCCACUGUGCUUCAGAGGCUUCGCGUUGCUAUCGCUGAAGCAAAGGAGCCUGCAUUCGCUCCAUAAGACGCACACACAUUUCCCCUUAAUUUUUGGAGGGGAAAAUGUGUGUCUUAUAGAGCGAAAAAUACGGUAGCUGUAUUUAUCCCAUGGGACAUAUUCUGAACCUAACUUGCUUGUAUACUCUGCCCCGUGCUGCCUGCAAAUCUCUAUAGAUACUUUCUUUCAGUGGUGCUGUUUAUGUAAAAUGAGUCUCUUUCUCUCAGUGCCAUUAAGGUAGGGAACAGGUGAUGAUUUGCAUACAUGUUCAUUCAGGGUGCAUGACUAAUAUGCCUCUGCUUACCAUCUAACUAUGGCAUAAAUAUCAUGACUUUAAAAUGUUCAGACUAUUUAAGAUAAAUUGUGAUUUAAUAUUCAGUUAGUUGUUUUUUCUACUAUUAGAAUUUAAGAAAAUAUAAUUUUAGUGGGAAAGUACCAUAUUUUAACCAUCCUUUAAUUUUAAUAUAAUUACAGUUCUUUGAUACUGGAGGGUGUUGAACCACAGAGUACCUGUGAACUGGAAGUAGAUGCAGUGGCUGCUGAUAUUUUAAACAGAUUGGAUAUUGAAGGUAAACAAUUUUGCUUUGUGUAAUCAUUUAAGGACAUUAACAAGUUUGUUUUUUAUGCAUGCUUAGCACAAUCUUCCCGAGCUGUUCCUCCAGAUAUUUUGGACUGCAUCUCCCAUCAGCCCCAGCCAGCAGAAAAGGGAGGCUGGCAUAGCCCAAUGCAUCCUAAGUGGUAUUUAAAACCUCUAAGUUACAGUUAACCUAGUAAGUAAAUAUAACUGAAGAGAUUAUAUAAACAAGUGACACAAGGUGAAGGCAGGAACAGGUGGCGGGGUGCUAUGCCGCUACCCUCCCAACAGUGGCAUUGCUGCCACUUACUGGAAAGGUGCAGGGACAGGUACGCUAGCUGAGCCACUUUGGUACUGAAGACAGUGUCCUACCUUACUCCCUCAGCAUUAUGGUAAACAGCAGCAAUGCUGCUAUUGGGAGUGUAGCAACAUAGCACCCCCUCACCACAGUAGUCACUUUGGGAAGGCAAUUGUCUGAAAAUAUUGUCAGGUUAAUUCUUGCAAACAGCAUAGAUUGUACAGACAAGAGGUUUUGCAGUAAGCUUGACACUCCUGUUGAAUUUGCUGUAUUUUUCACUUUUUCCAGCCCAGGUUGGUCGGAACCCAGGUUUGCAAGCGAUAUGGGAUGAUGAGAAACAACGGCGUAGAGAAAACAAUGAGUCCUCUCAAAUUAGUCCUCCUAACUCACAAGGUAACUCACAGGGCAAAGUUGUUGUUGUUGUUGUUGUUACAUAUUUAUUUCUCAGUCACAAUUCCUGGGCAGGUACGUUUGAUGGGUCAGUACUCAAUUAAGCAUUUGCUGCUUGUUGGGUUGUUAAUUUUAUCAUAGCAAUCAGAAAGUCAAGAAGCUUUCCCAUUCUUCUUCUAAUACAGUUGUUGUUGUUGUUGUUUAGUCAUUUAGUCGUGUCCGACUCUUCGUGACCCCAUGGACCAGAGCACGCCAGGCACUCCUGUCUUCCACUGCCUCCCGCAGUUUGGUCAAACUCAUGCUUGUAGCUUCGAGAACAUUGUCCAACCAUCUCGUCCUCUGUCGUCCCCUUCUCCUUGUGCCCUCCAUCUUUCCCAACAUCAGGGUCUUUUCCAGGGAGUCUUCUCUUCUCAUGAGGUGGCCAAAGUAUUGGAGCCUCAGCUUCAGGAUCUGUCCUUCCAGUGAGCACUCAGGGCUGAUUUCCUUAAGAAUAGAUGCGUUUGAUCUUCUUGCAGUCCAUGGGACUCUCAAGAGUCUCCUCCAGCACCAUAAUUCAAAAGCAUCAAUUCUUCAGCGAUCAGCCUUCUUUAUGGUCCAGCUCUCACUUCCAUACAUCACUACUGGGAAAACCAUGGCUUUAACUAUAUGAACCUUUGUUGGCAAGGUGAUGUCUCUGCUUUUUAAGAUGCUGUCUAGGUUUGCCAUCGCCUUUCUCCCAAGGAGCAGGCGUCUUUUAAUUUUGUGACUGCUGUCACCAUCUGCAGUGAUCAUGGAGCCCAAGAAGGUAAAAUCUCUCACUGCCUCCAUUUCUUCCCCUUCUAUUUGCCAGGAGGUGAUGGGCCCAGUGGCCAUGAUCUUCGUUUUUUUGAUGUUGAGCUUCAGACCAUAUUUUGCGCUCUCCUCUUUCACCCUCAUUAAAAGGUUCUUUAAUUCCUCUUCACUUUCUGCCAUCAAGGUUGUGUCAUCUGCAUAUCUGAGGUUGUUGAUAUUUCUUCCGGCGAUCUUAAUUCCGGUUUGGGAUUCAUCCAGCCCAGCCUUUCGCAUGAUGAAUUCUGCAUAUAAGUUAAAUAAGCAGGGAGACAAUAUACAGCCUUGCCGUACUCCUUUCCCAAUUUUGAACCAAUUAGUUGUUCCAUAUUCAGUUUUAACUGUAGCUUCUUGUCCCACAUAGAGAUUUCUCAGGAGACAGAUGAGGUGAUCAGGCACUCCCAUUUCUUUAAGAACUUGCCAUAGUUUGCUGUGAUCGACACAGUCAAAGGCUUUUGCAUAGUCAAUGAAGCAGAAGUAGAUGUCUUUCUGGAAUUCUCUAGCUUUCUCCAUAAUCCAGCACAUGUUUGCAAUUUGGUCUCUGGUAUCUCUGCCCCUAAUACAGUGCUGUAGUUAAAAAAAAUAAUGGAGACAUCAUGAUAGUAAACUUUACAUUAUUUAUUUAAGCUGCUGCUCAAGUAAGCAGUGCCUGGUUUGUUGAUUAAUUUAAAAAUGGUUAAUCAUUCAGUGCAACAGUUUCAGGACUGCUGACACAUGGUCCCAUCAGAUUGCCCCACUUACCAGCCUCACUUGCUGCAAUCUUCAGACCACCUUCAAGGACAGCCCCACACACAAUGUAAUACAGUAGUCCAGAUGAGAAAUAACCAGAAGAUAGACAACUGAGGCCAGGCUAUCUGUUCCAGGAAUGGCCAUAGCUGGCAAACCAGCCUAAGCUGGGCAUAAGCUCUCCAAACAACAGAAUCCACUUGAGACUCUUUUUUCAAGGCUUUAGGUGUAUUUCCAUUCCUUUGUGAGGCAUUGAUCACUCCUUGGACCCAUACCAUCAAUCCCCUCCUAGAUUUUACCAGAUCUUAUGGGCAGCAAUUGAGAGAGCAUGUCAGUCCCAACACUGCAAGCAUCCCAUCACAUCCUUGGGCUGCAGCAACUGAAAGUGAUCCCACAAGCUAGUGGUCCACAAGUGCUCUAGGUUCCUACAAUCAGUUGCGGCAUCAAGUAGAGGGUGAUUACAAAUGUUUUUGAGAAUGUUUGUGCAAAGAGAAGAAUUUCUCUGGAUUUAGAGUCAGUUUUUUUACACAGUGCUCUUCCUCUAAGUUGGAAACGGCCUUCUGUGAGUGGGAGAAACUAACGGUAAUUAGUGGAACAGCAAAUUUGGAUAUAAUCAACAGAUUAUAUUCCUUAUAAUAUUUUUAUAACUAUAUAAAAAGCAUGGUAAAAAGAAAACAACCUUUUUAAAAUUGGCUCAGAGCUGCUUGAAAUUCAGACUAUGUUGCUUGCUCUGAGCUUAAAAGUAUUAGAAAAAAUACAUAAAGAGAAGGGUACUAAUUGUUAAUAGAAUGCCUAUGAAGUUUCAGUUUGUUAUUUAGGAAUUCAGUAGUCUUUUCUUUGUUGCUGUAUUAACCGUCCUGUAUAACCUUUCCCCCUUAAUUAAAGAUCGUGGAUUUGUAACUGCAACAGAAAGUGAAAAAAUCUUUCAGAAGAGGCUUAAAGAAAUCCUCAAGCAAAGUGAUCUCUCUGUGUAAGUGUUCAUUUAGCUGUUACUCUUGUUUUUAUUUGUGAGUUGUACAGUCAUUUUAAAAGGUUUUAUUUAUUAAUAAGGACAUUAUCUGGAUCACUGGACUACAGUAAUGGAUCACAGGAAUUCUCUGCAGAGUUGACGCUACAUUCUGAGGUACAAUCUCCUAAAGUUGUUCCGUGUUCACCAGCAAAUAUUGUAGAAGUACACAGAGAUAAAGAACUCAGCAAAGGUUAGUAGUAUUAAUACAGUUGGCUUUUAAGUCAAAUACAGCUCACCUUACAUGAGUACAUCCUAGCUGGAAUUACUUUUAUGGAAAAACUGAGCAAAGGAGGCAAAAGAGACAUAGAAGAAUGCACAAGGAAUGAUCUUUACCUUUGCAUGUCUGUCUACAAUAUUCUCUGUUCUUUUCUUUCUGUGUCAUAAAACAGCUGAGAAAAGCAAAAAUGAAGAGAUGGAGAGAGAGAGAGAGAGAGAGAGAGAGAAAGGCACAGAAAAAACAUUUCUCCCCCUGCAUAAUUGCAUUUCACUGUUUCUGUGGGUGUGCUGAUGGUGAGGAGGAAGUGGCACCAAGGAAGAGUUACCUUCUGCAUUUGCUUUCCCCAAUAGUUUUUUUGGGCAGGGGCGGGGGGAGAGAAACUUUUGAAGAAAAGAGAGGUUUAGUGCACAUCCUUGUGCCCCACCCUCUCCCAAAAACUCUAUUCUCUUUCCAGAAAUUGCUGGGAAGAGGAGAUCUGAAUUGCACCCCUCUGUUCUCAAGUGCAGAAAGAUCUACUUUCAGGUUUCCCAUAGGCAUCUGGUUGGCCACCAUGAGAACACAAUGCUGGACUAGAUGGGUCAUUGGCGUGAUCUAGCAGGCUCUUCUUAUGCUCAUGUAAUCUUCUGCCACUUCCUCUGAGCAAAAUGCCUGGGAAGUGGCAACUUGUGAAAGGAGAAAGUACCCUUUGGAAAUGUAUUGAUCUGCUGCGAGUUCCAUUAAAAACGGUUUUAAAUAACCACAACUGAGUUUGCUCAAAUUGUCUUAAGAAAAGUCUUGCCACCAUAAAUUCCUAUCUCUUUCAGACUCUGUAAGUUGUAUAAACUUAUGCAUCUCAACUAGCACAAGUCUCUAACUAUCUUCUGAAAAUCUUGUUCAACUAAUUUGGAUAUGUUAAUAUGUUUAAUAGUCUUCAGCGACUACUUUUGUGGGGAAAAUGUGUUGGCAGCUCAUGUGCAGAGUUUUAAAUCUCAUUUUUAGAGGAGUCCAACAGGAAGUAUAAGGAGGAGGAGGCGCUUAUUAAUGAAGAAGCUAUUUUGAACAUCAUAGAAAAUAGUCAGCAUUUUCAAUCCUCAUCUCAGAGACUGAAUAAGACCCCAGUGUUCAGUAAGUACAAUAUAAAUAUAAUCUUUUUCCCCACAAUAAUAGGUUAUUCUUCAAUAUGCUGGCAGUUUUAUCUCUAGUGGUCCAUGCAGUUUGUCUAAACUGAGCUUACUCCAAAAAUUAGAUUUCUGUAAAGUAUUUCUAGUUUAGCUGUUCAUCAAUAGUGGUGUUCUGUUACUGAUUGAAAAGAGGAGCCUUUGAAUCCUAGUGCUCUGCAAAACCACUUCCCUUUGGAAGCUUGAAAUUAAAAUAUACACCGCAAAAGUGAGAAAUUAUCAAAAGAUAGUAAGAUUCUCAAAGGACAAGGGUCUCAAAAAGAAGAUACUGUAAAAAGUUUUGUUUGCCUAAUACUUGCUUUUAAAAUAUUGUGUUCAGUCUGCACAUGGAAAAUAUAGGUUAUUUAAAAGAACACAUCACAAAGAUAAUCUUGAACUUUUUAAGAUAUAGGCUAUGUCUGAAUUUGUUUUUGUUUUUCUUUCAGUGGACAGUAGUGCUGAUCAAGCCAUGAUACAUCUCUUGGCUGGGUUGGAGGAUGAUGGAUACGCAAUUGGAGGACAUGGUACAUUAUCACAACACUUCUCCUCUGGAAGCUGUAGAAAUCCCCAGAACAGUGAUGAUGAAGAAAACGAACCACAAAUUGAAAAGGAAGAAAUGGAGCUCAGCUUGCUAAUGUCCCAACGAUGGGACAGCAGUCCUAAUGACGUGAAUGCAAAGAGAAGGUAUCUUCUGUUUGUUGAAUAAUAGCUCUGGAGAAAAUGGUACUAAGUAACUUAGACUGAAGUUCUCAUACUUAAUAAAGAAAAUCAAUGUGGGUGUCCAGACGCCAGUAUACUAUGAAGAGAGGUGUUUAUUGGACAAGAAAUGUGAUUGGUGAUAUAAUUUCAUGUGGCUCAAAUGAGCAGGCAGAUAAGAAAACCCAAGGGUUACUAGACUGCCAGAGCUUGAAUGGAAUGAGAGAGAUUUGUAAGUGUGUUCUGCAAUGACUGCUCCAGAAUUCUACUCCUUACUAUGCAUUGCUAUAUUUGCUCAAUGGGUACAUUAUAUUAAUCUGUGUUAAAUACUGUGAGGAGGAAGGAACAGUGCUGCUAUGUCUGUGUAAGUUGUUACAGGAAGCCCCACCAGCAAGAAAUCAGGUUUCUCAGCAUGCAGAGAUAAAACAAAAGCACUGGCUGGGGUGGGGAGGUGGGGACUUGAUGAGAAAUUAUAGCGACAAUCGCUGAGAGAUGUAGGGGAAGAAGAGGAAUUUUCAGGCCACAUAUCCUGCUUUCUGAGUGAACAGUUUGGGGGAAUAAAUAAGAGGAUGAGCCCUCUAAAGGAAGGUCCAUUGGAGAAGGGAGCACCCAUACUUGGUGCAAAUAAGAAGGCAACAUGAAGCAGAUAUAUUGGAAUCAGGGUCUGGAACACAAACUCACAGUAGCAUGCUUGUAACAGAAGAGUGGUGGAAAUUUUAGGGGAAAGUAGGAUUUUGGAAGCAGGAUAAAAUACAAGUCCGGGGGGAGAAGUCCUGUGACGAAAACGGAAUCAACAACAGGCUCAUUCAAUAUAAUCUGAUGUAAGAUUGUAUUGGCACUCUGAAGAUCCACUGGUGGGUGGAUUUCAACCUCUGUUGAAAUUUGAACCCUACUGUGAUUUUCAUGAAAUAUUUUCAUAUUCUCAGGGGAAGAAACCACUCUAUGAUUAUUCAAUUUUGCAUCCUGUCAGUUUGAAAUACAGUUUAAUGACUGUCUUUAAAAUAUUGCAUUAGACCACAUUCUGUAGUGUAAUAAGUUAAUGUUCAUUUUUAGUAAGCAACGUUCAAAUGCUUUGUAUCCUUCCUUCCCAAGCAAAGUAUCAUGUAUUAACACCAUAACCAGUAAACUCUCAAGUGGCUGACCAAAGGUUUUUAUAUACCUGAAAUAAAUUGCACUUCCAGGUCAUUGGGCAGAAGUAGAAACCAGAGCUCAACUGAAGAUGAUGGCACUUCAGAAGAUGAUAUGGACUGGAGUGAAAACAAUUUGCUUCUGGCAAGCCUAUCUAUACCUCAGUUAGAUGGAACUGCAGAUGAAAACAGUGGUAAAUCAUAGUUUGGGAAUUUCAUAUACCCAUGAGAAAGUAGUUUUCCUUUCUUGAUAAAAAAUAUCUCAAUAGAUUCCUUUGUACUAAAUAUUCUGCAAACAUAGUCUAUGAAUUAGAAUUCUCAACAUAAAUAGGUUGAAAUAUAAAAACUGCAUUAAUUUAUCUGUUUAAAUUUCCUGACUUUCAAACUCUGACACAAAACUGUAAUGUAUUUUUUAUUUAAAAUAUUUAUUAUCUAUUCUUCAUUGCAACCGCAAUUCCAGAGUAGGUUACAAAUAAAAACAAAUGCAAGACAUAUAGUAAACUAGAUGACUCUCAGGAUCCCUUCCAACUCUACAAUUUUAUUAUUAUUUUAUUCUAACCAGACACUAAAUUUUUUUGCAACUAGCCAGGCCCCUCAUGGCAGCCAUUUUAUGGCAACUACAUCAGUUUCCAAAUGUGCCCUCAAGCCCCAUAAUGAUGGGAACUCCUGAUCUAGGUAAAAUAGAAUUACAAACUUUUCAUGUCAUUAUUUAUUUAUUUCAUAUAUUUGUAUACUACUUAAUGCCAAAACAGACCUUAAGCAGUUUAUAAAAGAUAACUGCUUUGUUUACAUGGUGAAAUUAUAGGCUAUUUUAUCAUUUCAAAAAAGAUGAAGUAUGUGAACUAAACUGCUUUUGUUUCUGUCAGGAAUAGAGGGAUACAUUGUAUCAAAGACUGGCAGGCAGCAAAGUGUCCAUUAAACUCAUUGCAACCUAGAUGCCUAUAUUUGAAGUGGUUUCUAGCUUUAUAUUCGGUAUCACAGGCAUCAACAGGGUGGCCAGUUUUAAUUGGUCCAUAGAAAUGCUUCCUCAUCUUAUUGGCUCAUAAUUACAGACCAAUAAGGGUUGAAUUUCACCCAAAUUGUAGUGAUUGGGUAAGGAGGGCUAGUAAAAGGUAGCAAAGCUCUGUGGCAGUCCUGAAAAGAGAGGUACUGUCAAGUAACAACUGCUUAUUGUAAACUUGAGAUGGCAGUUGUUGCUGCGCCAGGUUGAGGACUGCAGAGAAGUGAAGAACUCCAGGCUGAAGGAAAUGAGGACCAAGUUGAAGGCUGCAUGUAAAGUCCUAGGUGAUGGGAGUUGUGUGUUAAUGGGAGAAAGAAAGUGAUAGGGUAACUGGCCAGGCUUGGUUAGGAGAUAAAACUGCAGUUUUACGUGUCUAACUUCUUAAAGGGGCAAUAAUCCUGUUUAUUCAGUGCUAUUUAAAGUGACUAAGUGUAGCCUGAUAAAUAAUCCUUCAAACAAGCAUUACUAUUUGUUAAUACUUAAAAAUGGCUUCACUACAAUUUUAGUGCCUUGUUUUUAACUUUAAAUUUAGUAUUCUUGUCUGCUUUGUCCCAUAUCCAUCUGUAGCUACUGAAAGGUUAGCUGUUACAGGAUAAUAUAAAGGUGUGCUAUAGUGGCUGCAGAGAUGAAGUGCGGGGGGGCGGGGCGGGCACAAGUAGAAUAGUCAGAUGCGGGGAUUAAGUGGAGGCUAGCAGUAAGGAGAAAAAAAUAUUAAUCGCCACAAUGCAACUGGUGAGAAAAAUACAAGAAGGUAAGUGACUACAUGUUGGCUUAGUAUGUUCUAGGUUUGGGCUAUUACAAUAACAAGCAUAUAUAUAACAAUUAAACAAAAAUACAAGAAAACCAUAAAAUGCAAUAAAAUCCUAGAAAAACAGAAACAUAGUAGCACACUUUAAAAGCAUCUUAAGAGACAAGGGAAGCCUGACUUCAUUUGUCUUUGAGAUAUAGAUUGUAGGGAGUAACUGAAUUCCAGAUUAAAAAUACAGCAAUAAAAUAUUUGAGGGUGGUAUUUUUUUAAUAAGAUUGAAAAACUACCAAAAGUGGAAUGGUGGAAUGUAAGAUUAAGGAAGAGAUAGAGAGUUUGGGUCUCUUAGCAGUUACUAUUUUACCUAAUACUUAAGUGACUGACUAAUCUUUAAAAUAGCUGAUCUUAAAAAAUAGAAGGUGAAUAGUGAAAAUUGCAUGUGUUGUAUCUAUCCCUUUCUAGACAAUCCGUUGAACAAUGAGAAUUCUCGAACCUCCAUAAUUGCAACAAGCAAAACAUCUGUAAAGUCUUCAAUUUUUCAUAAAGAUGCUGCUACUCUGGAACCACCUUCUUCUGCUAAGAUUACCUUUCAGUGUAAACACACAAGUGCCCUUUCUUCUCAUAUUUUGAACAAUGAUGACUUAGAAGGGCUUUCUCAGCCAAACAAAGGAGACAUAAGACCUGAAUUGUCAGUCCAUUCUCUUACAAAAGAAAGCACUUACAAUGUGAAAUACCCAACAUCCUUCAAUAAUAUUCUCCAUUCUGAAAAUUCACACACAGAAAGUAAUAAAAGUGGAAUAUUCCCUGCUUCGUGUGAAACAGUUUAUGAAGACAUUUCCUCAGUAAGUAGACAUUUGCCUCACAGAAAGUACACUGGAAUAAGAAAAACUACAAAGGAUGUAUCUCUGCAUAUGAACCACCAAAUGGGUGAAAGUAUUUCGGUUCAAAAUUCUAACUUUUCAGAUUUGGUCCACUCCAAAAAUAAAGCAUCCUAUGAAGCAAAUAAAAAAGCCAGCAACACAAAUACAGAUAACCUCUUCCCAGCACCAGAAAACUGUGAAAUGGUGUCUUGCUCAGAGGGUAAUCGAACUAGUAUUUAUUCUGCUGAAGGUAGCACUGAUGGAGAUGGCCUUACUAACCUUAAAAUUAGAUAUGAAGAAUUUCAGGAGCAUAAAGCUGAAAAAACAAAUGUUAAUCAACAAGCAGCACAUUACAUGUUCUUUCCUAGUGUUGUUCUUUCUAAUUGUCUCAGUCAGCCACAAAAAUUAGGUCCUGUUAAAUAUAAAUUGAAAAAAGGCAGGAAACAAUCUAGGUUAAAACUAAAUAAAAAGAAAGUAAUUCUUAGCAAUCAGCCGUCUACAACUGUCAGCGAUAUUGCUUCCACAAAAGAGAGCUGCUAUGUACAAGGUAAUGCUAGUAAUAACAUUCCUGAUAAAGAGAGUUUGUUACCAAAUGAUAUCAUUCAGAUUUCUCCUGGUGCUUCAGAAAAUAAAUUGUCCAUGGAUACAAGUAAUUGUAUUGACUGCCAUUUUGAAGAUGGAGCUGAUGGUGCUCGAGAAUCUGAGCAGGCGUUUGGGCUAUGUGGAAAUAAGUACACACUCAGAGCUAAACGCAAGAUAAAUUAUGAAACCGAAGACAGCGAAUCUAGCUUUGGUGUGCAUAAUUCAAAAAUUAGCCUACCUCAUUCUUUGGAAAAUGAUGAAAAUAUUGAUGGGUCAAAAAAAUGUCGAAAACGAAGAAAACUUUCUAAAAAAUUACCACCUGUUAUUAUAAAAUAUAUUAUUAUAAAUAGGUUCAGAGGGAGGAAAAAUAUGCUUGUUAAACUAGGAAAAAUAGAUUCUAGUGAGGAGCAAGUUACACUUACAGAGGAAAAAAUGAAUCUAUAUAAAAAACUUGCACCUUUAAAGGACUUUUGGCCAAAAGUUCCUGAUUCACCUGCAACCAAAUAUCCUAUUUAUCCAUUAAUGCCAAAGAAAGGUCACAAAAGAAAAGCAAAAUGCAAGUCAACCAAGAAAAAGGUUGGAAAACUGCAAAACAUGAAGAGUAAAAAUAUUAAAAGAACCCUAUAUUUCAGAAGAAGAACCUCUGCCUUUCUGUCUCCCCCUCUACCAUCAUAUAGCACUGAAGCUGAAGACUGUGACUUGAACUAUAGCGAUGUUAUGUCUAAAUUAGGUUUUCUGUCAGAAAGAAGUGCAAGUCCAGUUAAUGUAUCCCCACCUCGCUGUUGGUCUCCCACUGACCCAAAUGCAGAAGAAAUUAUUAAUAAUCUAGAAAAAGAAACAUUAGUGUUUAAAAAUGCUACCACAUAUAGCACUAAGACUGUUAAUUCCUAUACAGGAAAACAUAGUCAAGCAAAAGCUCAGACUAAAAAAUGUAAAAAGCAAUUUGUUAAUACUACUGUUAGAGUUAAUAAAAAGAUUAGGAAUAAUCUGACUAACAAAACCGGAAAUGAGGUGAAGAGAAAGCCUAGAGCAAAACAAAAACAUAAAAUAGAAAAAGUGUCAAAGUUGGUGACAGUAACAGAUGAAAAAAGUAGUAUUCCUCCUUCAACUGAGGUUAAACUUGUGCUGAACCACCAUGAUUUACCUGAGAAUGCUCACAGCUUGGGAAACUCGCAGCCACUUUGUACCCAAAAAGAUAGCCAAGCAACUGGCUGUUCAACAGGGCAUCUACCAUCAGCACAACUGCCAUUGACAGCUCAUGCACAAGUAAAUCCAUUGAUAUAUUUCCAUUCACUCUUGGAAAAUGAAAAGCCUGUAGGAUAUCAAGGUUCCCUCCUGACACAGGAGGACCAUCAUCCAGCCAUAACUUCUGUGGUGUCUGGAAAGGAAAAAGCCAAAAUGAAUUUCCAAAGAGCUACUAGUCAAAGUGGUAUAUUUAGGACAAAAGAACCAAUUCAAAAUAAUUUAUUUGACCAGUCUCACCAUAUAUCUCAGGUAGCACUGAAUGCAUACAGUUCUAAAGAUAUAAUGCAUAAAAAGGCUGAAGAGGUUACAAAUUCACAGUGCAGACUUUUAUCCCCUGUUGGAAAUGUAAAUGAAAAUUAUAUUUCUUCAGAUGCAAUGAAGAUUGAUCAGAUUCAUCCUAGUAAACUUUUGCAUUGUAAAGAUAAUCAGCAGCAGAUCGUUUAUCUUCCAGAAUCAACAAAAAAUGCUGAGCAUAUUUCUUCUUUUUUUAAAACUUCUGAAGAAAGCCAUGGAUCUUUUCAGUUGCCAAAAAAAUGCUUUGUAGCUUCUUUGAGAAGUCCAGUUAAAAAGCUGGGAUGGGAACAGAAACAAAGAGGAUUUAUUUUGGAUAUGUCACAUUUUAACCCUGAAAAAAAUAUAAAACAAAAGGGUCUGUCAGAAACAACCUCUCAAACCAAAGCUGAUUCGCAGUGUAAAGGCAAGACACUGGUAACACCCUCAGCAUUCAGUGAAGGACAUUCUGGCUUAGCUGUUCUUAAGGAAUUACUUCAAAAAAGACAACAAAAAGCACAUCUAAACAACAUGCAUGAGCAGUUAUCAUUUAAAACUCAGUUGAACAGAAGUGCUUCCUACCCUCUUGAUCAAAACAAAUCGGUUAAAAAAUCACGUUCAGUUGCAUCCCCUAGAAAUCCUCGUACAUCUAGGGAGAAAAAAUCUAAAGAAAAAAAUCUCAAGCUUUUAAAAGAUUCUGCAAAGCAGCAAAACAGUAAGACUGGCCAUGUGUUAUCUGUUGAUAGCCCGGUUUUUGGUUCAGAUCCAGGUUUUGAAAGUUGCUACUCACUUGAAGACAGCCUGUCACCUGAUCAUAAUUACAAUUUUGAUAUUAAUACUAUAGGACAGACUGGAUUUUGCAGCUUUUAUUCUGCAAGUCAGUUUGUCCCAGCAGAUCAAAAUCUACCACAGAAGUUUCUGAGCGAUGUAACUCAGGACCUUUUUCCAGGUCAGGCAGCAGAAAUGGAUCUUUUAAGUCAUAAUAGCAAAAUUUCUAAGGAAGAAAACCAUUAUUCUUCAGACCCCACAGCUUGGUUAAGAUCUGGUCCACUAAGUCCUCAGCUUUUUGAUAAAAGGUGCCCGGAUACGAAUGAAAACCAUCUCCACAGCCAGUGGAAAAAUAACAUUAUUACAUCAACAUCUGAACCUAGCUUACCACUAGAUGUGCAACAGGCAGAGAUGUGCCAAAAGGAACAAUUUCAGUUGGAGAGAAAUGCUGUGAAGAAAGGAAUAUUUCUUAACCUUUCAUCGCCAAAUAGUGAUUGGAGUCAAAACCACUUUAGAAAGGAAGCCACUUUUGAACCUGUUCAGUCACUUGAUUCGAUUAGUAUAUCUUUUUCUUCCAUUUUAUCAUCACCGGAUGGUGAACUUAUGGAUGCAGCUUCUGAAGAUUUAGAGCUGUAUAUUUCAAGAAACAAUGAGGGAUUAACACCAACCCCAGAUAGUUCACCAAGAUCUACAAAUUCCCCCUCACAGUCAAAAAAUGGAAGUUCUACACCUCGUGCUGCUCACAUCCUUAAGCCUCUCAUGUCACCUCCAAGUCGUGAAGAAAUUAUGUCAACUUUACUGGAUCACGAUCUUGCAGAAGCAAUUUAUCAGGAACCAUUUUGCAGCAACCCUUCUGAUGCACCAGAAAAGCCAAGGUAAUGUGGUAAUACCAGUGGACUGUAAUCACAUUUUUCUAUUUUAUACCUAUGUAUUUUUAGUUGGCUUUAACAUAAUUUAUAUAGUCAUGGAAAUAUUAGGUGUACCUUUAAUGUAGCAUUCUCUCCUAUUCCCUUAAGCAAGAGCCAGAAUUGCAUGGGGUUAAAGUAGCUCAUUAAUCUACAACAGGGUUUCCAAAACUUGGAUCUCCAACUAUUUUUGGACUACAACUCCCAUCAUCCCUAGCUAGCAGGACUAGUGGUCAGCAGUGGUGGGAAUUGUAGUCCAAAAAGAGCUGAAAACUCAAGUUUGGGAAAUCCUGAGAUUUUAUAAAAAGUAAAUAUUCUGUUUUAUCUUUUCAGAUUCAUAAAUUCUGGGCACCUUGAAGAAUUUAACAUAGGGUUGUAUUCAAUGUUGCAUGUGUAGAAAACAAACUUGCACAGUCAGUCUUACCUUUCCCCUCCUGCUCCCAUUAUCUAUCUUGUAAAACCUCUCCAGAGGGUGGGGGCAUGGCAUACUGUAUUACACAAGGCUGAAGUUGGCAGGAGGUAUCACCCAAAAUUGAGCAGAAGGACUUAUAAAGGCAAAGGAAAAGAUCUGUUGUGCAAAUUCCUCCUGCUCAUGCAAUACUGAAUACAAUUCAUAGUCAUUAGCUAUUGCUAUGGGGAGUAUUGAAAUGUGAAUCAAAACUUUAAAUAUCUGCUUCUUCUUUGAAAUGUUGAUGACCUAAUUUGGAUAUUGACAAAUACAAGAGUUGAUACUAUGUGAUGGAAUCUUUUUUCCUGACAGUUCUUUCCUUCUAUUAAGAUAAAUUUAUUGUUAACUGAAAAUAAUAUCUUCACAGAGAAAUUGGAGGACGACUGCUUACAGUAGAAACCAGACUUCCAAAUGACCUACUUGAGUUUGAGGGAGACUUCUCAUUGGAAGGGCUACGACUAUGGAAGACUGCAUUUUUGGCAAUGGCACAAAGCCCUCGACCAGGCUCUCCGCUUCGCAGUAGCCAAUCCAUUACUGACAAAAAGCAAAGAAAUAAUCGUAAAACUAGUGAAGACAAAAAGAUAGUGAUCAUGCCUUGCAAAUGUGCACCAAGUUGCCAGCAAGUUCAGUCAUGGCUGCAGGCAAAAGAAGAUUAUGAACACUUUAGGAAAAGAAUGAUUACCAAAUCGAUUGAGGUGGAAAAGGUUGAUAAGAGUUUGAACUGCACGUCUUUGCCAAACAACACGUGUUAUCAAAUGGCCAAGGCAGUUGAGAAUUCUAUCUUGCCAAGCAAAAGUGUUGUAGAAUCAGAAGGUACUUGUUUUUCAUCCUCAAAUCCAAUGCCAGCACAAACCAUGGAAAAGCAUGAUACAGAUAUCCCUGAAAUGAGUAAGACUGUGCUGCUUGACACUGCAGCAAUAGAAACAGACAGGGAUGAGGAGAAUUAUGUUGAUUAUAGCUCCCCUGAUUCAUCAGUGCUUCCUCCUUGGCAACAAGUAACAUCCCCAGAUUCCAAACAAUCUUCCUCAGAAGAUUCAGAGGAUAUUUUAUCCUCUAUAGAAGAAAAUGAAACAUUAACAGAUGGAGAACAGAAGCUUGUCAAAGAGGAAAGCAAGAUACCCUUCACCGUCUCCCCAUUUGUGAACAAAGGAUGCAAUAGUAAUUCUGAAACUGCUUGCCUGCAUAGUACACCCCUUAGAGAGGAAAUGUGUAAAGGAGGAAUAAAUGAAACACCUGGAUUCACUCCAUUAUUACCAGGUAAGAUUAUGAAAGGAGUGGUUUGCAGUAAUUGAAAGUGAAAUUAUGCAAAAAUAUAUGUACUUAUGUAAUAGAAGAUAGCAAUAAAAGCUUUAAACCACUUAUGGAAGUACUAUUAGACAAGUAGUUUAAGGUUUACUAAUAGAAAAUAGCCUUAACCAGAAUAACUUGAUUUUUUCCAUAAUAUGUAAUUAGCAUGACCAAGGAAAUGAAGAUUAAUUUUUAUACUUGGGAUAACUUUUAGGACCAGCAGUAUAAGAUGCUGCAGUGUCAGACCAUUCUAUGCCUUGAUAUUGUACUUAACAUUUUGUAGCUUUUGAAAAAUUAAUUCAGUAAUACUAAAGGAUGCUUUGAGGGGUUAAACCACUGUGGGUUAAACCACAGAGCCUAGGACUUGCCGAUCAGAAGGUCGGCGGUUCGAAUCCCCACGACGGGGUGAGCUCCCGUUGCUCAGUCCCUGCUCCUGCCAACCUAGCAGUUCAAAAGCACAUCAAAGUGCAAGUAGAUAAAUAGGUACCGCUCCGGCAGGAAGGUAAACGGCAUUUCUGUGCACUGCUCUGGUUCACUAGAAGCGGCUUAGUCAUGCUGGCCACAUGACGCGGAAGCUGUACACCGGCUCCCUUGGCCAAUAAAGUGAGAUGAGCGCUGCAACCCCAGAGUCGGUCAUGACUGGACCUAAUGGUCAGGGGUCCCUUUACCCUUUACCUAAAGGAUGCUUUAGUAUAUUUUUGUUGUGGUAGUCACUCAUUACUUUCUUCUCUUUCCUUCACCCCAGGUCCAAACAUUCAGAAAUUGAAUCCUAGAAGGGGAAGGAAUAUUGAUGCUUUUCGAAAAGUACUUUUAAGAACUCAAGUCAAGGUAAAAAUGGAAUUGGAUGCAUUUUUAUUAGGCUCAAUUUUAGUUAUUUUCUGAGUUCUGAAGUAAAAUAUUUUACCUUUUUACAUUACGGUAAGGAUACUUCUGUACAAUAAUUAUACUUCCAAUUUUUCUUAAUUGAAAUUGCAUCAUAAUAUUUGCACUGAAAAGUGUCUUGAUAACAACUGAUGCAGAACACAGCAAGUGAUUAACUGCGUCUGACCAUUGUGAACACAUCAGUCUGCCGUUAAAAGAAAAUCAGUAGCUCCCACUUUAUUUCUGGACUCAAUUCAUAAUACUGAUUUGGGUAUAUUUGAAUACUGCAGGGCUCUAGCAUGUUUUGUAAAACAGUCCUUCUGUGAGCAGAAAUUGCAUUCUGUGCCAGAAAACUACCUUUAACUCUUUGGUACUUAUCUGUAGGUAACAAAAUGAUCCUGAUUGUGAAUAAUGUUGAUUCCCCCCCCCCCAAGUCAAAUUCUAUAUUAGUUUGACUUUCCUUAGUGCUAAAUACAUUUAGAAUGCAUGUUGGGCACCUAGAACCUGAUUUAGUCAGACUUUGGGACCCAUUCCUAUACACCUGCAGCAGCAAAGGACCCCUUGUUCCUGUGGUGCAAUUCCUUGUGACUGAUAUGCAUGUGUGAAUACUGGAAUCAUGUUGAUAGAGUUAGUUGCUUCCCUCCUCCAGCCUUUUAUUGCUUAGCCAAAAGUUAGGAAACAGUUGGUGCGCAACCUUACAAGAUUUGCCAUACCCAUAAAUGGUUGCUCCAUUUAGACACACUCUUAGUGGUGUGUCUAAUGCUACAGUGAAAUGGUUCUCAUGCAUGUGCAUGUAAAUAGAAUAGAAGUUUGAUAUGGCAGGGCUUCUGUUCCUGGAAAUGGGUAUGAGUUAAUAUAUUUUAUUACUGUUAGCAACUGAAGAAAAUGAGUAAUCCAAAUAAUGAGUAAUCCCAAUAAUUGAAUUUGUUCAAUAAUUAGACUUGGUAGAGUUAAGGCCUUAAUCAGUGAAAAGUUUAUUGUUGUUAAUGUUUUAUUUUUACAGAACCGAUUCACGCCUUUAAAUGCCCCAAAGAAAGAGACUUCUCAGAUUGAAGGACCAUCAUUAAACAACUCAUAUGGUUUUAAAAUAAGUGUACAAAAUCUUCAAGAAGCAAAGGCUUUACAUGAGGUAAUUUACAGUAUUAUUGAAGAUGCUUUACCUAUGGUUGCAUUUGUUUUUUCUAUGUGUUUAGCAAUUCCUGGUUUUAUCUGUAAGCUGCCUUGAGUUAUGUCAGGGGGAAAGGUGGGAUAUUUCUUUCAUUCUUCAGUCAGAUUUAGCAUUUAAGAGGGUUUGUGUUUUACUCAAACUGCUGUGGCAGUAACCAAAAUUGUGUGGUUGCUGCUGUGGCAGUAACCAAAAUGUGAGAUUCUUGAUUUCUAUUUUAAAUACAUCCAGGAUUUAAGAAUUUUAGUAUAUGACUGCUUAUCCACUGGAUUUAUUUAUUAUAUUGUACAGGCAGCCUUCCAUUUACUCACGUUCAAUAUGUCCAUGAUUGUGUAUAUGUGCAUUGUGCCAAACUUGGAAGUGACCCAGAAACAGCAUAAAGACGUCACUGAACCAUCACCAAAGGGGUGGAAUGGGGUGUUUGCAGGCUUUUUCAAUGAGUUUCAAUUUUAUGUGAGUUCACUGACCCUUGUGGUGCCUCGGAACAUAACCCACAUGUAAAUGGGGGGUUGCCUGUAUUCUAUUUUUAUCCGGCUCUUCAAAGAAAUACUGUCUCCCAAAACUGCUCACAUCAAUAAAACAAUGGCAUGUCUUGUCAUCAGACUAGCAAAUUAAAAAGGCAAGAUACAUGAUGGAUGGAAGGAAAGGGAAAGGAAAGAAAGGAAAAGAGAGAGGAGGAGGUUUGUUAAUGCCAGGAUGAAGUUGUGAACUGGACCCAGCUGAUCUUUCUUUGCUGUUUUUCUUGCUUGUAUAGAAGUGGUGCAACUACCCAGUGGCUCUUUGUAGAUGGCAAUAAGGAGAUAGGCAAAUCUUGGAGUAAAAUGGUCAAUAUAUAUCAAAUGUAACAGAAGUAAAGUUGCGUCAAAGUAAUGCAUGUAGCUUAUGUGUAACACAAAAUGGAAUACCCAAGGAAGGCAAAAAGUAUGCUUUUUCAUAGCUUAUCUGGAGCCAUUAAAAACAUGCUUCUUGAACCCUCAAAUGAGUAAACAGUUGUGACCUGGGGUAAACUUGCCAAGCCCAGAAUGGAUGAGUUGUACUGUCUGUCUGGCCCUGACUGAGGGCCAGACAGGCCUUAUGUAGGCCUGCAAAUCUCACUCAGGAAGACCCAUAAGACCAGGAAACCUGGCUUCUGUGAGACUUUGUCUCAUAGGUCCCAUGAGAUUUGGAAAUCCCCAGGUCUCAGACUUUCCCUCCCUGGCAUCGCAAGCCAGGGUAGGUGUGCUGGAUGGACACUCAGUAAUCUCCCUACCUGCAAACUUGUAGCCUCAACAAGCCUUGUUAUCGUCACAGAUCCCCUAGGCCUCUGGCUGGUGCAGAAGCAUUCUCAUCACUUCUAAAGUCAUGGGACAACUGGCAAUUACAGCAGAGUUCUUUCUGAAGGGAAGGAGGAAAGCAACCUUCCUGCAGCUGUUUCUUUUUCAGCUAUCUAAAAAUAUUGCAGGCAUUUAAAAAAUGAAGUACAGUGGUGCCUCGCAAGACGAAAUUAAUCCGUUCCGCGAGUGUCUUCGUCUAGCGGUUUUUUCAUCUUGCGAAGCAACCCUAUUAGCGGAUUAGCGCUAUUAGCGGUUUAGCGGCUAUUAAAGGCUUAGCGGCUUAGCUGCUAAAAGGCUAUUAAAGGCUUAGCGGCUUAGAAAAAGGGGGGGAGCGAAAAAAAAUCUCAAGACUCGCAAGACAUUUUCGUCUUGCAAAGCAAGCCCAUAGGGAAAUUCGUCCUGCGAAGCAACUCAAAAACGGAAAACCCUUUCGUCUAGCGGGUUUUCCGUCUUGCGAGGCAUUCGUCUUGCGGGGCACCACUGUAUUUAACACAGCCCUGGAAAUUGUUCUAAGAGUAGCAGAUCUAGCAGGUGUAGGCAGCCUGCAUAUAGAACACAAGAUCCUCUUUGACGGUAAUGAGACUUUGAGGUUCUUGGUUUUUAAUCUAAAUACAAUCUGGAAUGACAGAUCUUUGCUUGUAACUUUGCUUGCCCUAUGCUUUUGUUUAUUACAUUACAUCAGCCUUUGCCAAUCUGGUCCCAGCCUGUGCUGACUGGUUGGUGGUAGUCCAAAAUAUAUGGAAAGCACCAGGUUGGCAAAGGCUAUGUUACAUUAUCUCUUGCACUGAUGACCUGUGCUUGAUUAGCAUUAAGAUUUUUCAGCUUGCGGAAAGUUAACAACCUGAUCUGAUAAAAUAAUUUACUGCCCUGCUUUUCAGCCGCAGUUGGCUCCCCAAGCAGCUUGCAUUUAAAAUCCAUAAAGCAGACAAUGUGUUAGAGAUACAUGGAGGUAUCUGGCAGUUGAUGUCAUAGUAUUCUCCAAGCUUAUCCUCAAGUCUAGAGGAAGAGAGGGAAAGGACUUGCAGAUGGAAUGAAGGGCAGAUUAAUGGAAAAUAUGCCAACUCACAGAAGUCACCCUCCUGAUUAUCUGCAGUCUUCUCUUUUAUAUUCCCCUUACUUUGUGUCAAAACUAAUUAGGUAUAACUCAUUUAAUAUGUAUUUUAUUUGGAUUUCACAUUCAAAUAAUCCAUGUAUAUUUUUUUCUGUUGCGUUAUAUUUUGGUAUGCUUUGUGUAUUGUGAAUGUAACCACCUGCCUUUAAAAUAAAUUUAAUGUGAAGUCUAAAUUUCAGAGCCAUUCAAGCAGGGUUGAUGCUAUGUGUCAGUUUUCCUCUUGCACACUGGUCAUAUCCUGAAUUAGGUAAAAAUAUGUAUUAUUAUGGAACAUUGUAUAAUUGGGCAAUUCUUGCUCUGUUUACAUAGUGAUUAAAAAUUAGCUGAUGUGGGAGUUUCUGGGUAUCGUGACUGUAAUUUCUUAUAUGGGUGCUUGUUUGGUAGUGAUUGCAUUUGAAUAUUAAUAUUUGGUUUUGGCAUCCUGCUAAAAAAAAUCCUCAGAAAGUGUGAAGAUAGGGAAUGACACAAGCUGUUUGAAAUACAGUGCUAACAAAAUUUAAUGCAGUGUAUAAAAUACAUGACUUCUAAGUAUCAGAUACUUGCUGUAGAUUGGUACUUUGAAAAAAAUGCAUAAAUCUUCAAUAGUCUACAUUUCCUAUACUACUUUCAUUUAAUCCCAGUUAUUAUAAUUAUCACAAAGCAUACUCUAUAUUUUUCUCAAUUUCCACAAGCAAACGUGAGGUUAUUUUUAUUGCCCAGCAUGUAAAAUAAAUUGAUAGUUUCAUAUUUAAUUUGAUUCAAAGGUAUCUUAAAAGAAGAUAACAAUGUAUACUUUUUGCUGUAGGUUCAACAUCUUACACUUCUCAGUGUAGAGUUACAUGCGCGAACAAGAAGAGACUUGGAGGCAGACCCUGAAUUUGAUCCUAUCUGUGCUCUAUUCUACUGCAUAUCAUCUGACACACCGUUGCCAAAUACUGAUAAAAUGGAAAUCACUGGUGCUAUAGUGAUUGAUAAAGACAGAACAAGAACAAUCUCAAGCCAAGGUUCUUAUUUCAAUUUUAUUUUAGGAAUUUACUUCAGUGUUUGAAUGUUGUCAUAUUUGGGUAUUAAUGAACAAUAUGAGAAAAUGAGGCUUUGAAGGAUCUUUGCUAGUGUUGUUUAAAUUUAUGUCAUCUCACUGUCCAAUCAUGAGAAGCAUAGUAAUGGUUUCUACCUUAUAUCUUCCUGCGCACAUUUGCAAGGGCUAUAAUGCUUUUAAAUAUCAAUUAAUAAUAUAUUAAACCAAAGUUUAAUAUUUCACGGCAUGCUCCUGCGGAAGUCCAGAAGAUAUAAACAGGAAAACAUGUCUUAGAAGGAAGUGCUCAAAACCCUUGUGCUGGACCAGUUCCUUUUAGUUUGCAUUGGGACUGUUCAAGAACAGCAACUUUGGUAAUCUGUCAAAAUUGAUUUUAGUAGAAAUAGCAAGUUGAUUUUGUUAAAUAUUGCAUAAGGGUUGUUGUGUGGUUUUCUCUGAUCUUUGUAGGGUCUAAACAGGGCCCUUAUUGUAUUGUACCUUUUUGGCUUUGUUUAGACCAGUGAUACUCAACCUGUGGCUCUAGAGCCGGAUGCUCUUGAGGCCCUACAGGCGGCUCUCGCAGUGUAGGCAUCUGAUCGGCGCUCCAUUCUAUCAGGCAGCGCGGGGAGCACUGACCAAAGGACCGGCAGUGUGGGAGUCACUGAAGUACCUCCUCCCAUAGGAGGAAAGCGAAGGAGCUGCUGGGAUCUCCCCACAGGUAAGAAUAGAAAUUGCCUCCAACCCAGCAGCCAUGGGGGGAGAAUGGGGAAACCUCCCUCUUUUUCCCAGCAGCUAAUAGAAACUGAAGAUUACAAAAUGUCUUGUAACAUAUGAUAUUUGUGGUGGCACGGCAUCAUCACAAAUUAAUGUAACAUCAUGAUGCAAGGUUGCAAUGUUGGUACUUGAUGUUAUGCUCUGCAACAACAGUUAAUGGUGAAGUGGCUCUCCAGCUGUUAAAGGUUGAGUACCACUGGUUUAGGCUAGUAAACAAAAAACAGAUUUGAUAUUGAGGGUAAAAUGUUAAACUCUGUGAGAUGAUUUAUCAUUAAACAACUUCAUGCUGCCUAGCUUUAAGGUUAUGAGAAAAAUAAGAAAUUAGCAUUAUGACAAAACUUCUAUCUUUCAUCCACUUUUAUUUCUAAAUGUUAAGAAUGUUAAUUUCCUGUUCUUAUCUUAUUUUCUUCAAUUUUUUACUUUCUAAAGCAAUAGAUCAUUGUACUAAAUUUUCCUGACUUCCUGGAGGCUAACUUGACGGAUUCUGAAAAAGAAUUUAUGAAUAAGACUAGAAUGUAAAGACAGAAUUUCCCCAUUUAAUGUUGCAGAGUUCUUUAUUUAUUAGUAUUGAGUGCUGGCAUUUUUCAAUGAAGAGUCUCUUGGUUUAUUUGAUACAUCAGUGAAUAAAGUAAUGCCUAGCUUAUGGUUAAUCUAUCACUUCUAUAUUGUUCUGUCUAGAUUUUGGUUUAAGGCCACUAAUCUUUUUCGGUCUUGCUUUGCUGUUUUUAAAACUCACAUCUAUUUGAAAUGGUUAAGUGAUAAGAUUUAUUCUGAUGAUUGUUUGAAUCCAAUAACUAAUGCAUUUUUGACAGUUUUAAUAUUGGAUGUAGUCCUACUUAUCCCAUGCACAGGCAGUAGAGUGCAGAACAGCUCCCUCAGAGCCCAGCAUAGUUAGCUCCUUGCCCACCAUGCCACCUUCGUGACUGGCAACUGCUGCUCUUAAUGUUCUCCAUCAUAGCCUGAGUGUCACUUCCAAGAGAUGCCCUCCCAUGCAUCUAAUACCUGAGGCAACCAGAAUUUUGUACUUGUUGUAAACGUCUGCAUAAAAUAUUAAGUUUUUAAAAAUUAUUUUCAGAAUGAUUAAGGUGAUGUAGCACAGCUCUUAUAAUGUUCAUUAAACAUAAGUAGUCAUACUGUUGUGGAUGUAAAAGGUUUCCAUUCUUUGGAUCAAGCAUAUUAGAAACUGAGGACUGCUGAAAAUUGCAUUCAUUUAAAACAUCUAUUUGUUAGUUGCUUUUAAAGGCCAAGCUCUCAUGAACUGAUUGGAAAAAAAUAUAGAAAAUUUCUUAUGAAUCACAUUUCAAAUGAGGCUGGCUUGGUUUGCACAUCUUGGUAAACCAUUUUCUGAAAUAAUGUUCCCCUGUAAACCACUGAGUAUGGUUUACCAUAAUGUGUGGACAGAGCCUUUAUUUAUUAUCAUUCUGUUGAGUGGUAAAAGCUAAAUCUUUUUCUCCAAAAUUUAGAAGUAAGCUUGGGAGGCACCACACUUUAUUGUACCACAUUUAUGCUGAUGAAAGGUCAUAAACACUUGAACAAAAGAUAAUUACUUAAAUCAGAACUCUAUAAAAUACAAAAGCAUGUGCAUGCUUUCCCACAGUUUGUUCAAAUACGAAAUCUCCACCAACUAUUCAUUGUCUGCAAUGAGCAGUAGUGGCAGGGGACUUGAACAAUGAAAAAUCAUGGCUUAAUUUUAAUGUGUGUUUUUUAUUAAAAACAACAACAUGGUGGUAUUUUACUAGAAAUAAGUAUUUAAUUUGCUUUUCAGGUAACAGAGAACAUGCACCUUUGCUUACCAGAUCUGGCAUCUCAGGAUUGGAAGUCAAAUAUGCUGCUGAUGAGAGAGCACUUUUCCAGGAAGUGGUGAACAUUGUUAAAAGGUAGGGCAUCUGUAGACCCUGCUUUUUCAUCCUCUGAAACUUUUAUUUAAACAUUUUCAAAUCCAAGUCUCCCUACCUUCUCUCCCCAUGUUUAAAUGGUUUUGAUUUCUUGGAAAAGUCUGUUUUUCCUGCUCACAACAGAUAUAUCUAUAUUAUAAGGUUCUUUAUGCGAGUCUCUCUUAUACAGGCCUCUCACAUCAAUCUUUCUGGAGUUUUAAUAUUCCCAAACUGCAUUUCAAUCUUUCUUAAAAUACACUCUAAGGUUUAAAUGAUCUUGCAAUACAAAUUAAAGCAUACACUGUCUUAAGUAGGAAGAAGUUUUUUAAAAAAAGAACUUUAUGGCAAAACUCAUAUCUCGUAGCGGUACAGACAUAAACAGAUAUAAAAACUGGCCUCUUUACAGAAGUCUUUUCUGAGUGGGAAAGUCCUUAUUUUCCCUGGUUUGAAAAGUUCCUGGCCAGUUUUUGUAGCAGCCUCUGAUCAUGGGCCUGUGGAACUUCAGGUGUGUCUUUCUUCAGGUCAACUGCCAAAACCUCAAAGUCUGAAUGUUACCAAGGAAACAAAAUUUUGAAACAUCUGGCUGGAAUACAUUCUCAAGGAAAAUGUGUACUAGGCAGAGUACAUUUGCAAUUCUCUCUCUCUCUGACUAGAAAACUUCUGAUGAGAAUGGCAUUGACUAAAUCCAGGAAACCAGAGUACUAAAGAGUUGCUGAGAGCAACCAACACAGGGUGGGUCCUGACGAAGCAGCGGAUUCCUGUUCAGAGAAGACAAAAUUACAGGUAAGGAAAUUAAUUUUUUCUUUCUCUUUUUUGGGAAUCCGCUGCUCCGUCUGGCUUAGGAAACAACUUGGAAGUAACAACCUGCUACUUUUAUUUUUCCUAUAACGUUCUCCACCAUUUGGGGAAAAUGCCACUUGGCCACAUGAAACCAUGCCAAAGAAUAUCGUUACAAUUCAUUUGUAUUUCUGAAGACUUAAUUGCUAAAGGCUUCAUUGAAUGAAGAAAGCGCACCAAUUUCUAAUAUAUUUGUGGUGGACAUUCAAAGUUACCUGGGGAACAGCUUUUGAAGUGCUGUGUGCCUAUUUGCAACGUCUGUACAACAAGUGGAAUAUAGUGUGUACCUUCAAAUAUUUUGAUUAGGCUGUUUUUAUCCCUUGAAGGAUAGCAGUUCAUAAUCGCUCUAGAAAAGUUGACACAAGACUUUUUUCAGGCAGUUCUCAGCUAGGAACAGUAGAGACAUUUGCUCUUUUUCAUUCUUUUUAAAUAGUUUUCUAUUAAUAUUGUUUCUUUACCUUGAUGGUAAAGAGAAUUUCACAUUUGUUUGUUUCAAAUACCAGAUUAAAGGGCAAACUAAUUUAAAAAAUACAAGUGAGUGCUCGUUUUGUAAGUCAUCAGUUUUUACCAUACCUUAUUGAUGAUGGAGAUACUAUGGGAGUUAUGUAAUUGACUGUUGAUAUAAACGCGGAGGUCUCAGGAAGAACAGCAAUUAAUGCCUAAACUGUUCCUGUUGGGCCACAUUCUUUGCAACACAUUUCUGUAAAAUCAAUGACGUACUUCAGAAUAAAUGUGUUUUCAAUUUCACUAUGAGAGCUGACAAGAAUUUAACCUCUUUUCCCCCCAAUUACUAUUAUAUUUAUUUGUUAAAUUUAUAUACUACCCUUCAUCAUUAAUAAUAAUUAUAUUGGACCCAAAAAUCCUAUAAUAGCUUUUGUUGCUGAUUAUUAUGCAUCACUUGAUUUAUUGAAAAGACUGCUGAAUGGAGAAAAUCCAAAUGAAAAUAUUUUUUUGUAUUUCUGUGACGUUGUGGAUUUUUUUCUUUAGGAGCUAUUGAUUCUGAUGCUGAAUUCAAUCCAACUACUUGGUCAUACAAAUAAGACCAGCAGUUGUUUGAACCUAGGGAUAGUCCAAAACAAUACAGCAAAUAUCAUUUGUCAUUUGGAUUCCAUACGAACCUCCAUCAGAAUCCUUGACUUAACCUGGCCAAGAUUUGGCAAGGUUUCAGUGACAUAGGAUUUGGCAAACUGCUUUAUAGCGGGUCAGGCUAUUGGUCCAGCUACCCAAGACAUUUAGUGCUCUGACCGGCACCAGUGCACUAGCAUGUCAGGCAGGGGUCUUUCUGGUUACCUGCUACCUGAAGAUGCUGGCAAUUGAACCUGGGAACUUCUGCACACAGAGCAGAUGCUUUACCACUGAACUAUGGUUCCUCCAGUUUCACUUUGAAGAUCUUUUCAGUUUAGGAUAGAAGAAAAUUAUGUUCACAAGUUCAAGUUGGCAGUAUCAAUAAUAAAAUGGUGAUAUUUGUAGUGAAAUCCUUUUAGCUAUGGAAGCUGCUGCUGUAGAUUUUUCUGGCUACAUUAAAGUAAAACUGAAGAUAAUGAUGUCUCUGUUACAAUUUCUUAAAAGCCUGUUGAGUUAAUUCAGAAAUGAGAACAUUUACAAAAAGAACCAAAUUAUUUCCUAGAAGAAACUUCUAUUUUUUAAUAGUACAAAUGACCUGAAAAGAUGUUUUGAGAAAUCCAAUAUUCCCUAAUAUUACUAAUGGAUAAACCUUACCAAAUAAUUUUUAUAUGUUUGAAUGUCCUACAGUUCCUUUUUGUCUAAACACUGCAAUUUAGAAAAGUAUUCUCUCUUCUGAGAUGAAAAGGAAUAUAACCUGUAGAACAGAGGUGGCUAACCUAUGGCACUCUAAAUGUUGUUGGAGUACAACUCCCAUCAUCCCUGACCACUGGCCCUCCAGAUGUCGAUUGUCUCCAACUCUUAACAGCUCAAGUCAGCAUGGCCAGUUUGUCCAAACCUGCUGUAGAAGAAUGCAGGAGGAAAAGAGAGAGAGAAAUAACCUACUGGGUCUGUGAUACACUACUUAGUGAAAACACAAGAGUCUGUGAAGUAUAGAACAAAGCUUUCACAACAGAAUCUGUUGGGUGCCCUUUUGCCUUUUAAUUCAAACAAUAAUAACCCACAUUUUCAUUUUAAAAAACCAAGCACUUCUAGACGGGGGAAAUGUUUUUGGAGUUGUUUUUUUAAGGAAUCAAAGUAUGUUGACUGUGUUCUUUUAAACACACACACACACACACACACACACACACACACACACACACUUACUUCCUUGAAGCAAGGUGGCCCUGGAUAGUGUCUGCAUUGCUGCCACUUUAUGGCAGCAAAUACUGUUUAAAGUUUUUUAGCAGUAAACUCUGAAACCUUAAAGAAGCAUCCACAAUGCCCACUCUGAGGAAGAACCCUUCUGCAGAUGGAGAUAUAGAUGACCUAGAGAGCCCUUUAGGACCACUAUAACAGCAAAGUUGUAGCAGCUCUGCUGAAGUUUCAGACAGUAGCCAGCCAGAAGAAUGGUGGCAACAGUGGACAGGCUAAGGAGGCCACUGAUCUGCUGCCCAUCCCAAUCCACUACUGGGUACAAAGACUAUACUUUGAAUAGUGGGUGGGUUGGCCUGAGCCAUAACAGAUUAGAAAACCAUGGAAGAAAUCAGGUUGCCAUCCUUACCAGUAUGUAACAACUAAACUAAAGGCAUUCCUCAGUCUAUCAGUCAUAAGAUUUUGGCUGGGAAGCUACAUGGUUUAGGCUCAGAGUGCUGAAAAAGUGAAAAGGAAAGUCACUCUUCAUUAAAAUACUGAGCAAGAGUAGCAUAUGCACAUCAAGCAGUUCCAAUGUCCAGAGUGUCUCACCUCUGCUCACUAGGAGGCAUAGAAAGCUGACGUGUUAAGCAAAGUUUUAUGGAAUAACAUUUUAAAGAUACUUACCAUAAUUCAAAGAGCCACAGUAUUACAUGGCAGCAACUUCUAGUGCAAUGUUGGAGGCUGCUUCUGAAGCACAUUGUCUAGGUUUUUUCUGUAAAUAGAGCCUUAGAAGCCUUGCUGCGUGUGCAGAAUUUACCUGGUUGUGUGUCAUCAUUUUAUAAGACAAUGCAGUUUGAAGGAUAAGCAUGAAAUUAUAGCAAAUGAAGCUUUCUAUAGAGCAUGUUACUUUUGCAGAGGGAGCUAAGGAAUCGCUCUUGCUUUAUGUUGAAAUGUGUACAUUUUUCCUGCAGUGAUGUAUAUAACUUGGGCCUCAUUCUCACUGAGCUUGUAAUUCUGUACCUGGGUCUAGCUUUUUAUGUGAAGGAAAUAUUUUGUAUGGACAAACAUUCAGUCAUAUGGGCUCCAAGCAGCAGUCUUGAUAUAGUACAACAUUUAUAUAUUGCUUGAUUGUAAGAGAGCCUCUAAGCAGCUCACAAAAAUAUAAAGCAAAACAUUAAAACUCUCAAUGAACAAAAUCCCACAUUAUCUCUGCCUACUGGACAUUGUAACUCUGCCAUAAUUUUUCCCUACUUAUGUGAAACAUUACAGAUUCCUCAAACGUGGUGAUAUUUUCUCUUCUCAUUUGAAGUCAUUGAGAACUCACUAUAAGUAUUGCUUGUGAGAAUCAGAGCUUCCAAGUGGUAGUUUUCUACAUGGCUACCGUCAGUGCUUUUUUUCUGGGGGUACGCAGGGGUACGCAUACCCCUAAACAUUUUGUGAAUCUAAGUUUGGCCUCACUGAGGGGCAGUAUUUCAAUAUGAGUAUGAUAAUGAGAGUACCCCCAAACAUUUUUUUAAAGAAAAAAGCACUGGCUACCAUGAUUCAUAUGGUUACUGCAAUGCUUUUUUGAAGUGCCCCGAUCACACAAGUCACAAAAAGUAUAAACGGCCCUUGUAUGGAGAUACCAAUUCUCUUUCAAAUGCAGCCUCUGUAUGAGUGUUGCUGGCAUUUGAACCAGCAUAUUGCGUCAAAGUAUUUACUAGCUAAGUUCAAAAUAAUUAUGUAUCACACAGCAACCGUCCAGGGGACACAUCUUUUUUUAACCAAUGGGAGUUUCAAACAUGGAGCUUAUGACAUGGCAUAAGGACCUGCUGUUUUAAAAGUAACAACAUGUCACUAUACAUACCUAAACUGGCUCUUUGGAUCCCAGCCUCCCCCCUCCCCAUGGGAACUAGAAGGGAAUUCUCCACCAGUUAUUUGUGGUUAAUUGCUUGUAUUUCCAAAAUUGUCAUUAGAAAAUAUACAUAUUAGACCUAAUCCAGAGAAAGCACCAAGGGAAUGAUAUACAAAACUGUGGAUACAUGGGCACUUCAUGCUUACACUUGGGUACAAGUUUCCACAUGGGGAUAAAUACGGAAUUUUUGUUAUUUGUAAUUAAAUGUAUUCAGUUCUUCUCCCUAGCCCCAUCCAGUUGGCAAACUUUUGCAUACUCAGUACCUUUUUUUGUGUAGAUUGUGUUUUCUCACUCACGGUAUGUGCUUCCUUCUUUACUCAAGCAAGACUUCAUGUUUAUCUUAGGCUGCUGGCAUUAAAUUCAGUAUAAAUUUGUUGAGCUUGUUAUUUUCUUUAUUUAACAGAGUUUAUAUACUGCAUACUAGAACAACAAUGUCCUCUAAGCAGUUUACAACAAAAUAUAAAACAUACCUGUAAAAGCAAACAUUAAAAACAAACGACAUAAGAUGGUAAAAUAAAAAAAUGAGUAAUUUUUAAAAGCAUACUUUUAGUUAACGUGAAAUGCUAAAAUUACAUGUCUGAGUAGGUUUGCUGAAACAAAAAAGAGCACAUGGUUCUAUGAAGAAAAUGUAUGUUCUCUUUUUAGGUAUGAUCCAGAUAUUUUGCUGGGCUAUGAAGUUCAGAUGCAUUCCUGGGGAUACCUCUUGCAGAGAGCUGCUGCUCUAGGUGUUGAUUUAUGCCAAAUGGUCUCACGUGUUCCAGGUGUGUUUAUGAUUCUAAGGUUCCUAAUUCUAAAGUUAUUAAUAAUUGUGAGAAGCCGUGGUUUUAUUCUACUAUUAUUCCGGAUAUAAAGCCAUUAGUACCAUUUUUUUUUUGUAUAUAAGAUGAGGUGUUUUGCUAUAAAAAAAAUAGUAAAAAAUUGGUGGUCGUCUUGUACACAGAACAUGGGCAUCUGGGGGAAUUUUUAAAAUAUUUAAGCAUAAGUCUGGGAUUUUGGCUGGGGCGGGCUGAGGCGGUCCCUUCUGCUGUCCCCCCUGCCUUCCCCCGGUUCUUCCUUGGCAUCCUGCUUGGGAGCUUGCUUCCGCAGUCGCUGCCUUUGCUUCUGCACCACAAUGCACUGCAUGCACCUCAUGCUGGAAACUUCGAGGGCAAUUGCCCCCAAAAAGAUCAACAACAUGCCACCAUCAAUCAUCCAGAUUUUCACUUCUAUUUUAGGGUUUCAUUUUUCUUAAUUUGGGGUUCAAAAAAAUAGGGGUCGUCUUAUACAUGGGGGCAUCUUAUACAUGGAAAAAUACGAUGUUCCUGUCCCAUUUUAGUGUUUUUCACUGUCUCUCACUAGGAAGCUUGACUACAUGCAUUCUGUUCAGUCAGCUAGCAAGGAUCCUUCUUUCAGUUUUCUGUAUUAGAGUAGUGGUUGUUUAUCUUUUGUUUGAAGAGAUGGGAGCAGAAAUAGAUGAAGCAGCUAGCCAAGGGAGCAGCAUUUGAGUACCUGAGUCACUGCAAGGAACAGUGGGAGAGCCAUAUCCUGUGUAGAGUCCACAGGAUAAGAACCUGCGGAAGAGUGACUAAAUAUAAACCAAUUUGCAUAACGGAAACCAUAUAGAACUGUGGUCAUCUGCACACAUUACUUUAAACCUAGGGUGCGGAACUGAAUCCGACCAAUGGGUUGGAGUCAUACUUUGCCUGCCCACCUAUCAAUCACCUGAUGUCCCAGUGACAUCAGGCAAUCCAUUUUCCUUUGAUCACACAAUUUGAAUUAAGAAAGAAUGGGUAAAGGCACACUUUGCAGGCUCCAAUGGUUAGCUGGUUGUGGUAGUCACAAAGCCCUAUGUCUUUGCAAGCAUCAGCAUGAUAAUCAGGGCUUGCAAAGGUACAGGGCUUUGCUGGAACAGCUGUUCUUCAGUACCUUCAAACCCCACUUUCAGCAGGGAGCUGCAACUUUAUUCCCCCCCCCAACAUCAUAUAUCAGGUGUAGGGCAGGUGGCUGUGUCUUGUAGAAGGUGGCUUCACGGGCCAAAUGGGGAAUCCUGAUGGGCCUAAGUAGUGGGUUCCCCCUCACUACUUAAAAUCAUAGUUAAGCUUAGCUGUAAUUUAAAGAGUACAGUGUGCUGGUGCACAUAGCUAAAAUCACAGGCACUGUGCUCUUUUCCUGCUGCUGAUAGCUAAGCCAUGGUCUGGGUUAGUUUUACAUCAUCAUCAUGUAAUUUAUUAUUUAUAACCCCGCCCAUCUGUGGGCUCAUGGUUUGUUCCCUCCAAACAAACCAACCUAGCGGGGGAGGGACUAGCAUUUAGCUUGUGGUUUCUUUGGAGAGAGAGGGGGGGGAAAGCCCAGGUUCAUCCGUCACAUUAAACCAAACCAUGGCUUUGCUCUUGGCAACAUAGCAGCAGGAAUGAGGAAGAAGUAAAGUGCCCACAAUUUCAGCCCAUAGCCCCAGCUUUCACUUAACUAUGGUUACGGUUAGCUAUGGUUUGAAGUGACAUGCAAACCAUGAGUAGUGCAGUGGAUGCUGCUUCUGGACAAUUUAUAUGAGUGAUGAAACUUUGGAAUAUGAUAAAAUAGUAACUUUGGAAUAUGAUAAAAAGUAAGUACUGUAUUUUUCCAUGUAUAAGACGACCUUUUUUUUAUUUUAUUUGAAUUUUUUGUGAUAAAUUGAGGGUUGUCUUAUACACAGGUUAAUAUGCAAAGUAAGCAAGGGCUGGUGCUAUAGCGGUGGCAGGGAAAUGUCGGAGAGGAGGCUGCUUACCCACUCUUCCUGGCUUAGGAAGAGUAUUUGGUGAGUGCCAGUUUGCAGUGUAUUGCGGCACCAGUCCCGUCAGCCAGAGCAGGGGAUGGUUGAAAAGCUGCUCAACAGCUUAGCGAACUUACAAAAGAAGCUAAACAACUGUUGAGGGCUCCCAAAAAUAGGGGUCGUCUUAUACAUGGGGUCGUGUUAUACACAGAAAAAUACAGUAAGUUGUAAGGGCAAAGAUUUUAAAAACACAAAAUAAUGAACAUUUCUGGUUCUUCUAGUGCAUGGAUUACGGAUAUGCACUACAGAUGCUACAGGUGACUUUAACGUGUGAACAGAAAUUGGGAGAGUCUGCAAACCAGAUUCCAUUAUAAAAUCAGACCUGCAUUCCUAAGUAGAAUAAAAAGAAAACCCAAACCACAAAGACUUUCAUAUUUGCUGUAACAUCCUAUCUAGUGGAAGUAUUUUGGCCUUUAGUUGUGUUAUACUUGCCAGAAAGAUUGACCACACUGUUCUAGUUUGUAGGUUCAGAGGAUGACUCUUCCUUCUGAUAAAUAUUUCAUUGUAUUUGUACUAAAGUUGAUUUGAGUUGCUGAAAUAUUCUCUUUUAAUGAUUUAGAUGAUAAAAAAGAAAACAGGUUUACUUCAGAUCAAGAUGAAUAUGGGUCUGAUACAAUGAGUGAAAUAAACAUUGUUGGAAGGGUUAUGCUGAAUAUCUGGAGAAUUAUGAGAAAUGAGGUAAACUUUGGCAAAAUCAUAAAUAACCUACUUUCAAAUAAAUGCCAUAUUUUCAACAAUAAACCAUUUUCUUGUCUUGGAGUUUGCAAAUUUGUAUCUCCUUCUUCCCAUAUGCUUGCUAUCAGUACAGGAAAUAUGAAAUCCACGGAAAUGUAGUUAUAAUCAUAGUCUUCCAUUAUUUUGCUGAGCUGAUGCUUUACUCUAUAGCAUAUUCCACUCACAUAACCUAUUCUCUGUUCAAGGGCCAAGUUCCAUUUCAGCACUGGCUGCCUACUGGUCUAAUUCCUUGGUUAUUACACUUGCUGAUAUUAUUAAUUAUACUUUCUGUCAUAACUGGUAACAACUGUGUUGACAAAUCAAAGAGUCCUAUGACACCUGAAAGGCUAACAAAUGAAUUGUGGUGUAUGUUUUCAGGGGCCAGAGCCAUUAUCAUCAGAUACAGAAAGGAGCAUCUGAUAAAAUGAUCUCUGGUCUUUGAUGGUUUAUGCCACAAUUGACUUGGAAUAGGUCUCUUUGUUUUUGCUGCAAACUAAUGUGACUUCUUCUGGAUUAUGUAAUGAAAAAGCAUGGCCAUAAGACAUUUCUAAUUCUUGGUGAAAAACCAGUUGUUUCCCUCCUUAGUCCCUCUAAUUGUCUACUUUAUGGAUGUUUGAACUUCCUUUUGCAUGUUCAGGUGAUGAUCUGCGCCCCCCCCCCCGCUGCAGGCUGAGCCCCACCAGCAGUGGUUGCACCUGUUGGCUUCCUGGGGGCAGAUCAUGGUGUGAACCAGAGGGGGAACCCUCCUUUCCCUUCUAGCCCAUUCCUGGGUUAUGAAAAGUUGGCUUGGCCUGGGCCUCAACAGUGCUGUCAACUUCCAUUCUUGUCUUAUAGCACACUUCACCUUACAGUUGAUUAAGUUGCUGGUUAAUUUUACUCAUAGUCACAACUGGCUUAGCAAUUACAAAGGUAUUGCCUUCCCCACAGCAAUGUUCUUCAAUGGUGAUUCGAUUACAUUGCCCUGUAGUUUCAUCACAACUGUGUGGCAGACCUUGAAGACCGUCAAAUACAUAGCAGGGGCUGCCUCCCCAUUGCAGGACCCUCAUAGUGGAUCUUGAGGUCACUUCAGAGCCAAACCCAGCUCACGGGCUAGCAAGCCUGCAACACACCCAGGGUGGUUGCAGUGAUAGCUCAUAGUACCAGUCUACACAGAGGUGGGCCUGAGCUUGCCUUCUAUCCAUUGAUGGUUUCCAAGUAUUUGAGCUGAGUGGUUGUCUUGAACCCGAAUCCUUGUUCUGUGCUAUGCCAUGCCAAACUCUGUGUAAGCUAUAACCAGUAAAAGUUGUGAGCAUUUUUAAACAUACCCCGUAAUUCUACAAAUUAUAUAGGCAUACGAUCAUACAAGUCUUCUCUUAUUUUAGGUGACUCUAACUAACUAUACAUUUGAAAAUGUGGGCUUUCAUAUACUUCAUCAGCGCUUUCCACUGUUUACCUCUCGCGUUCUGUCUGAUUGGUUUGACAACAAGACAGAUAUCUAUCAGUAAGUACCAGUUCUUACGAGUAUUUUAAAGUAUGCUUCCUGAAUCAAAGUCUGAUCUGUUGUAUAUAAAGUUUUCAAACUUAAUGAAAACUUAAUUAGCAAGGAAAAAAUGAAAGAAAGUUGGCUGCUGACAGAAUAACAAAUGUGCUGCCAAUCCGUAGUGCACAAUUUAACUUUCUACCCAUAUCAUUUGAUCAGUUAAGGCAGCACUGACCAAUGUGGUGCCUUCCAGAUGAUUUAGGACUACAGUUCCCAUCAACCCCAACCAUCAUAGCCUAUGGUCAUAGAUGACAGCAGCUGUAGCCCAACAUUCUCUGGAGGCCAUCGCGUUGGCUACCUUUGACUUAGUCAGGUUUGCAUACCACUCCUGCAUGACCAUUUACCACUGGAGGUGGAUCAAGUGGCUACUUCAACAGACCCAGUGAAGAUGUGCGAAGUACUGAUAUUAUCAAAGAUAUACUGUAUAUUGCUGAAUAUCAGACAUAAGUAGUUAUGUAACAUGGUUGCUGAUCACAGGAGUGGCAACUGGUAGCAUGUUAACUAGACUUUACCAUUGUUGUAUAUCUCAAGUGUAACAGAACUUCAUGGUGCAGUUUUCCUUCCAGUUUAUUCAAGCAAUAAAUAACAAAUUGCUAUCCCUUAAUUGCUAGGAUAGCUGAAUUCAUGCACCAGUGAUAAGAAUGACCUUGAAAUUAUUGAAGCUAGGAAAAAACAAUCUAAUUGAGAAAAAAGUAGUCAUGCUACUUUAGAAGUGACUUAGUGCAUUGUUUUCAUAAUGCAUCAAAUUAAUAAUGAGUGGCAUAGUAAGUCACUCCACUUCUAAUUUUAAGGUAUAAAACCUAUGGCACCUUAUUUCAAAGCUCUGAAUUGCCCUUCCCAGCAGCUUCAUUUAUAUAUUAAGUAACAUAGAGGAGAAGGCCAUGGUGUGGAACAGUAGUCCCCCAGCACCACAUUCUGGAUAUGGUGCAACAGAAAGAACAAAAAAUUAACCAAGGAACAACCCAUUCAGGUGGUCCAGAAGGAUACCAUGGUACUGGACUUAACCUUAACCUUAUGUUAAAAGCCUCCAAGAGAACUAAUAGGGCUGCACAUCAGUUUAUUAGAGCUGCAAAUUGUUGAUUACUGCCUUGAAAGUUUUUUUUUCUAGAACAUCCUUUAAGACUUUUAAGAUUUUUGUACGUUUAUUAUUUGGUUUUAAAGCUGGAAAAUGAUUGAUUAUUACACAAGCCGUGUCCGUGGAAAUCUCCAGCUGUUAGAACAAGUGGACUUAAUUGGCAGAACAAGUGAAAUGGCAAGGCUUUUUGGAAUUCAGUUCUUGCAUGUAUUAACAAGAGGAUCGCAGGUAAGCUGUCCUUAAUAUUUUUGAGAAGUUGUUGGGACCUCAGAAUUUUUCUUACGUUUUGAACCUUGGAAGUUCUCACAAACAAGGGAUCAUUUCUAAAAGACAUUAAAAAUCCAAUUGCCACUAGCCUUGCUGCUUAUUAGGAAAAUAAUAUUAAAUGUAUAGCCAUACUAGAUCAGUAUUUUUUUAAAAAAUAGAAUUUUUAUUUGCAAAUACAAGAAAGAGAAAAGAGGAUGAAAACAUUGCCAGCAGACAUUAACAGUAAGAAUACUCCAUCAAUUCUAAUUUAAACAUACAGGUCAAUAUAAGCAGUUUCUGUGCUCCAGUGGGUAUCUAAACAAGACUGGCAGUUAACAAGGCAUACAUUUGAAUAUAGAAAAGAAGUGAAAUCUUCUGUGAAGUAGUAGACAGGGGGUGUUUUGACCUUCCAGACUUGUAAUGUCUCUUAACCACCAUAAAGGCUCACAAAGUCCGCUUAUAUUGUCCGUUAGUCCCCACACCACAGGAAUAUAUUUUAAGAAUACAUGAACAUUCAAAAGUAUCAGUAAUUAAUGUUUUUCUUUUGUAGUACCGUGUGGAGUCAAUGAUGUUACGUAUUGCCAAACCAAUGAAUUACAUUGCUGUUACACCGAGUGUCCAGCAACGAGCUCAAAUGAGAGCCCCUCAGUGUAUUCCUUUAAUAAUGGAGCCAGAAUCCCGUUUCUACAGUAAUGCUGUCCUUGUACUAGAUUUUCAAUCUUUAUAUCCAUCUAUUGUGAUAGCAUACAACUACUGUUAUUCCACAUGCUUGGGACAUAUUGAGAACUUGGGAAAGUAAGUAUUAAAUAUUUAAAAUCUAGAUGCAUUUUCUCUGCUACUUAAUAAGUACUUGAAAGAUCAAAUGGAAUAUAUUUAGCCCACCACUUCUCAAACCAUGCAGCCAGGAAGUUGUUUUUCUUGUAAAAAAAGAAGUUGUCGUCUGGGAUUUUUUGUAAUUCUAUUAAUCUACUUCUUGGCUGCAGAGACAGAACUUUUGAACAGCAUUUUUGAAAUAUACAAUUUUAGAAGUGCAUCAAAACAAGUGUGUAACUCUGACUGCAUGUGGGUGAGUGGAUUCAGUCUCCCACACAUGCAUACCAAGGAAUAAGUAGAUGAAAUAUGGGAGGAAAAGGUGUGUUUCAAAUAUAUAUAUUGCAGAUGAUACAAGGACUCAGUGAAGUGGAUGUUGGAAGGUGGGCACACUCCAAUAUCAUUAUCUCUAAGGAAAUAUUUUGUUAAUAUUGAUCCUUAAAUUGUAAGUUAUUUGCUGAUAAGAACAUAGGAGAAGGCUAGAGCAUGAGAGAGACUAAGAGAUACAAAUCUGAUGUAAAAUUAAAACAGGUACUGUAUUUAUGCUGCCAUAGCACUAAAUAGUGUGUAGCAUGGGAUAAAUCUUGUCUAUAAAUAGCAGUUAGUCUGUGAUGUUACUUAAGGGUUCAGUACACUUUCUUAUCUUCCAGAUACGAUGAAUUUAAGUUUGGCUGCACUUCUCUGAGAGUAUCUCCUGAUUUGCUAUAUCAACUUCGUCAUGACAUCACAGUGUCACCCAGUGGAAUUGCUUUUGUUAAGGUAAUGCUUUAUUCUUCUUGUUGACAUUUUAUGUUUAACUUGUUAUUUCUACUUCUAUCUUGCUUUCCGGAAGAAAAAAGACACUGAAGCAUGAAUUGUAAAUAUGUUAAGGAUAUUAAUAAACAGGAGGCAGUAUCUACAGUAGGAAUGGGGAACCAGCGCACAUGCCAGCAAGGCCAUUUCACCAAAGCCAUGCCUGCCCGUCAAUCAGCUGAUAUCACUCCAAUGUGCACAUAAUAGCAGGUGAUGGGUGAGAUGGCAGGGUUCCAUUCUGCUUUAGGUAUGCUCCUCCUCCCCACCCAGUUCUGCGUACACAACCAAAGCAGGAUUUAACCCAUAUUUGUUAGCUGAUGCAGGGAGUUUAAAUCCUGCUCAGUCUGGAUGUUUCUGGGAACAGGCACCUGCAGGUUAAGCAGCAGGAUUUAACCCACUAUUCAGCUGAUGAGCAGAGAGUUUGAUACUGUUUGGUGCUUGCUUUGUCAGCACACAUUCCCUGCUAUGAAUACCACCCCACAGAUCAACUUUGACAAGUGGGUGGGACUGGCCACCUACCAGUCACUUGAUCAGAUGAUUGACAGGUGGGUGGCUCUGACUCAGCUGUCAGAGUUGUUGCAUGAAAGUGGGGGCAGACAAAGCUCUGGCCCACUGGGGGUGGGGGGAGAAAACUCAUACUCCAUCUUAACCCCCAGAGGGAAAAAUUACCUGGUUACCAGUAGUGUAAAAAUUACCUGAUAAGCAGCAUUACAAACAUUUGACCCAACAGUGGUCUACUGUAAACCACCCUACAAUAAACAGAAUUAAUCUUGCUGCUAAACAUAUAUUUUUAUUAUUAAAUGUUAAUUCUUAAUGGUGUUGUUUUUGUGCAGCCUUCAGUAAGAAAGGGUAUAUUGCCGAAAAUGUUAGAAGAAAUUCUGAAGACUAGAAUCAUGGUGAAGCAAUCAAUGAAAGCUUAUAAAAAUGACAAAGCCAUCACUCGAAUGCUUGAAGCACGUCAGCUUGGCCUUAAGCUCAUAGCAAAUGUCACAUUUGGUUAUACUUCUGCUAAUUUUUCUGGAAGGAUGCCAUGUGUAGAGGUAAGUGAUGAAAGUAAAGUGUAAAGAUAUUUCAGGGACAAGAAAACAACAACAACAACAACAACAAUAAUUUAUUAUUUAUACCCCGCCCAUCUGGCUGAGUUUCCCCAGCCACUAUGGGCAGCUUCCAAUUGAGUGUUAAAAGCAAUACAGCAUUAAAUAUUAAAAACUUCCCAGAACAGGGCUGCCUUCAGAUGUCUUUUAAAGAUAGCUACUUAUUUCCUUCACAUCUGAAGGGAGGGUGUUCCACAGGGCGGGCGCCACUACCCAGAAGGCCCUCUGUCUGGUUCCCUGUAACCACUUCACACAAUGAGGGAACCGCCAGAAGGCCCUCGGCGCUCAACCUCAGUGUCCGGGCUGGACCAUGGGGGUGGAGACGCUCCUUCAGGACCGAGGCUGUUUAGGGCUUUAAAGGUCAGCAUCAACACUUUGAAUUGUGCUCGGAAACGUACUAGGAGCCAAUGCUCCCAGUCUUCUUCGCUAUAAUAAUACCUACAUUAAGGCAAAAGCUGAUUCUUAACCUCAGUUCUCUGAUUGUAAAAUAGGAACAAUGACUUCAGAGGGUCCUGAGGAAGACAUGCAAUUAAAGAUUUAUAAACACCUUAGGCUGGAUCCAGAGUUACACAAGCAUAAGAGGACUCAUGCCACAAGGCUUUCCUGCUGCUCCUCUCUUGUGCCCACUUGAAAACUACUCUGGAAGACUGAGGAGACUGUCCUGCACAGUGUGAAAAGACAGGCUGGGAGCAUGUAGGAGCAGGCAAUAUUGGUAGAAAUUGGACAAGGGAACAUUGCUCCCAUGCAGCUCCUGGGCCUAAGCCCCUGAAAUAUCUAUAUGCAUGCUUACUAAUAACGUGCAGUGGCUAUUUCAUCUUGAUGAAUGCAUCAAUCCACAGAGCUAUUUGGACACAGUCAAGAGAGUUUGACUUUUCUUAUUUUUAAAGUUAUCACGCACAUGCCUUCUGCAAACUUCAGCACAAAUUACUUUUGAAACUUUUGUCUUAUGGAGAAGAAGUGGGCUGCUGUUAAUCAAAAAGAUCAAACUUUCUACAGGGUUUAUAGAAUGAGUUACAGAAAUGUCUGAAUUGUGACCAGGGAACCUAAAACAAUGAUAAAUGCAUGAUCUGUCCACAAGAAAGAUUUUAUCAAGGUUUAUCUUUAUAUUUUGCAGAUUGGUGAUAGCAUUGUGCACAAAGCCCGAGAAACCUUGGAACGAGCAAUAAAACUGGUGAACGAAACAAAAAAAUGGGGAGCGCGGGUUGUAUAUGGAGACACAGAUAGGUAAUUAAAACUAUUCUUUUGUUUGGGAGAUUUUCCAACCAGUAAUAUGUCAUUGACUGCCUUUCCUUCCCUUACAAGAAAUUAGUAGAUUUGUAAUAUGCAACCUUUAAACCAGAGUAGAAAUUUAAUAUGCACAAUAGGUAUGCUAGCUGGAAGAAACAACAAAAUUAUUUAUUUUGAAUGCAAGGAAAAUGUGUUCUUCCUGCAGCAGAAGUGUUUGAGGAAAGAAAGUCUGAACAACAGUUUGGACAGUGUUCUUGAAGCUACAAACAUGAGUCUGACCAAACUGCGGGAGGCAGUGGAAGACAGGAGUGCCUGGCGUGCUCUGGUCCAUGGGGUCACGAAGAGUUGGACACUAGUAAACGACUAAACAACAAGAAGUUUAUUUCAUGCACACACUUUUUUUAAUUACAUUUUUAUACCGCCCUUCAUCCAAGGACCACAGAGCGGUUUACAUUAUGAAAACACAAAAAUAUAUAACAUAAUAACAAACAAAAACAAUAUCCCAAACACUGUUUAAAAGGCCAUAAUUAUUUAAUUAGCUGAUGACCUUGGAGAAGAGGAACGUUUUUGCCUGGUGCCUAAAGAUAGAUAACAAAGGCACCAGGCAAGCCUCCCUGGAGAGAACAUUCCAUAAACAGGGAGCCGCUACAGAAAAGGUCCAUUUGUGUUGUCACCCUCUGAACGUCUCAUGGUGGAAGCAGAUGAAGAAGAGCUUCAGAUGAUGAUCGUAGAGUCUAGGUCUGCUCAGAUGGGGAAAGGCGGUCCUUGAGGUAUUGUAGUCCUGAGCCAUUUAAGGCUUUAUAAACCAAAACCAGCACUUUUGAGUUGGGCCCGGAAACUAAUUGUCGGCCAGUGCAGCCAGGCCAGGAUUGGCGUUACAUGCUCUUGUCCUGGUGAGCAACCUGGCCGCUGAAUUCUGCACCAGCUGAAGUUUUUGAACUGUCUUCAGAGGUAGCCCCACAUAUAACGUGACUAAGAUGACUUCUGUUCUACUAGGAUUAAGUUUCAUUUCACCAUCCCACAUCCACUCCAUUACAAACUUCAGAUAUAUCUCUUUUGUGUAUUUAUCUUGGAUUUUUAUGUUGUGAACUGCCCUGAGAUCUAUGGAUGAAGAGCACUAUACCAAUUUAAUAAAUAACAAAUAUCAAUUGCUUACCUGUUCAUUUUCUGUUUUUAGUCACAAGGAGAGAGAAAAAAGUUGCCAUACUUUUGGAAUAUUUUUAGAGUGGGAAAGCUAAAUACAGUGGUACCUCUGGAUAAGAAUGGGAUCCGUUCCAGAUCCCCAUUCUCAUCCUGAAGCGAAUGUAACCCGCGGGUCAUGAUUCGCCACUUCCGCGUAUGCACGUGAUAUUUUGACUGCGCAUGCGUGAGCGGCAAAACCCGGAAGUAAUGCAUUCCGUUAUUUCUGGGUCGCCGCAGAGCGCAACCCGAAAGCGCUCGACCUGAAGCAUAUUUAACCCGAGGUAUGACUGUAGUCAUUUCUUGAUUUCCCUUAUCUUAUUUCAGCAUGUUUGUACUACUGAAAGGAGCUACCAAGGAACAGUCUUUUAAGAUUGGCCAGGAAAUUGCUGAAGCUGUAACAGCUACCAACCCCAAACCAGUAAAACUGAAGUUUGAAAAGGUAAGAGAAAUCUGAGUGUUGCCUGACUGCAACAUUUAACAGGACACCUUUCCAGAAAGUGACAUAAUGAGCAAGUUAAGAAAUAGAUAUUUGAAACAAAGUGUUAAAAGGAGAAGGAAUUUGGAUGGGAAAGCAAACCUGGGAAGAGCUGCUAGCUUACCACUUAAAGAACCAAACCCCAAAAAAAAGUCUGCCUAUAAAAAUGCAUCUACGCCAAGCAGGAUUGAACUUUCCAUGCAUCAGUGCAUGCACAACAGUCCUGCUUUCUGCAGGAAAGCCAAGCUACAUCUUUGCCUACCCCACAAAGGGGGCACACAUGAACAUAAAAAUACAGUGUGUGUGUGCACACUCCCCCUACAAAUGAAUGCAAUUUUGCACAAAAAUUGCACUGAACUUAACAUGCUUUGACUGAGGCUUUUCCACUAUUGCUCUACAUUGAUUCACUGCCAACCUCAUUGACAUGUGGAGAAAUGCCAGUGUCCUUAGUGACCUUCAUCACACAGCUGUUCUGCUUUGCUGCAGGACAUCAAACCCAGAACAAAAAUCUCCCAUUUUCCUCUCCAGAAGGGAUUUGUGAGAGGGUACUAAUAUUAGAGUCCAGCUCUGGGGUUUCUUGGAAUCUGCCCAAAAAGUCAGUAAUGAAGGCGAGAUGGCAGUGUCAUGGAAUAGGUGGUUUAAAACUGCAAGGAAAGAUCAGACUUCCCUCAGUUGGAUUUAAAUGCCUAUUUUACAAUCCAUCACUUUCUUUUGUUGUCAAACUGAUUUUCCUUCUCUAUCUUUUCCUUCUGCUACACUUCCCUUUGUCGUCUUUAUGCCUGAGGGCAAGGCCGUCUUUCUCCUUUUUUAUUGGUGUGAGCAGGGAGAAAAUAUUUUGUCAGAAAAACUUGACAAAAUAAUAAAACAAAUAAAAUUGCAUGGUAAAUGGUUUUUGAACUCCACAGUACCCAAGGGGUCAGAGAAUGUUCUGCAUUAUACUUCUGUCCAUGUCUGGUGGUAUUAUGAAUACAUUUGCAGUUCUGCCUAGCACAGUGAUCAGGUUGAUUGAAUCAUAACAUGAGAUGUUUGUACAUUAAUUGAAUAAGGACAAAGAUGUACAUUUGGAGAUUAACAAACAUCCAGCCUAUUUUUUUCCCAAUUUAGGAAAAAUGAAACAUUUUUCAAAUUCAGAAAUAAGUCUGCUCUAAAUGUAAAUAUGCUUGAAAAUAUUUUAUGGUUAACAGAAACUCUUUCAGUGCAUCCAAGUGUUUACAUGUACACAAUGAGGGCUUCCAUAUCCUCCCUUCUAGCCCCUAGUCCACACACAAAAAGAGCUCUUCAAAUGGCUGUUUUUGAAGCUUCUCUGAGUUGAGAAAGCCUGUCAUGCAUGCACAAAUUUAUCAUCUCAUCCUCUCGCUUAGGGCCUAAAAUAGAGUAUGUUGCUUAGUAAUGUAGAUAUAUAGUUUAUGGGUGACUUGGGUCUAAUUAUGAGCAGUAAAGAAGAAAAGCGUUCAGUCCAGAAGUUUGCCUCCAUUUUUCUUAUAUCUAGACUUGCAAAGGUUUGUUUUUUUUGCAUUGCAGGUCUAUUUGCCAUGUAUUUUGCAAACCAAGAAGAGGUAUGUUGGUUACAUGUAUGAAUCACUGGAACAGAAGGACCCAGUAUUUGAUGCAAAAGGCAUAGAAACUGUAAGAAGAGAUUCUUGCCCUGCUGUUUCCAAGGUAAAGUGGCACAGGCAUUUUAUUGUGUUCAGAAGUUCUUUUUAGUACAGUAUCAGUUCCACUUAUUAGGGGGGAAACUCCAAUGGUGAAAGUUGAGGGAUUCAGAAUGGGAAUGUUUAAAAUGCCUUCGGUGUUUUCAAAUGACUAUGAAAUCUCUUUUAAUACACUUUUUUCAGAUGCUUGAGUGUUCUAUCAAGUUGUUGUUUGAAACACGUGAUAUAAGUUAUAUCAAGCAGUAUGUGCAAAAUCAGUGCAUGAAAUUAUUAGAAGGGAAGGCCAGCAUGCAAGAUUUCAUAUUUGCAAAGGAGUACAGAGGAAGUUCUACAUACAGACCUGGAGCCUGUGUACCAGCUCUAGAAAUCACAAGGUAAUAAGGAUAUAUAAUGAAUGGCACUGUGAGAUCAUUUUAGUUUAUAUUAAAUCAUUCUCGCUAUGGGAGUUCAAAGAUGUGUUAAAUACCUAAUACAGAAAUUUAUACUUCUAAGAAUAUCAGGAUUUUAUUACGUUAAAAUAUAAAAUAUGGAUCAGUGGGAGCUCCUUAGCUGUAAUCCCUGUAUUGCAGGGGUUUGGACUAUAUGGCCCUUGGGGUCACUUCCAGUGUGACAAUUCUGUAGAUAGAUAUAUUUUCCAUCAGCCAGGUCCUAAAUACAUCCACAAUUUGUUCUGCACUCUUCCUUCAGAGGGAAAAGUCUGGAAUAGUGGUUCUGUCAGAGGCUCCAGACUUUGGGCAAAAGUAUGGGGCCUCAUAGCGCUCAACUUUGAAGGGGGGACUAAGAGCCCCAAAGUAGUAGAGGGGUGCUAAGCGCGGAACAGACAGACAAUUCAGGUAGGGGGGUCCUGUUUGUGAGGCUGGGGAUUUCCUCAAAGAAUGAGAAGUGCUUCUGGCUGAACCAUCCUCCCAUAUAACCAAAUAUAGCAGAAUACAGUAUAGUGCAAAUUUAGCACUUGUUUGCAAACAGAUUUUUUUUCUGGAAGCAAAUAACAUGUAAAUGAGCCCUAAACCUCUUUUGUUUCUGGAAGUGGCUUUAUGUCAUGUGAAAGCACAAAUACAAAGCGGAAAUUAACAGUCUGGGAAAUGUAGGGGGAAAUGAAUAAACCAUUGUGAAUGCAGCCUCAGCCCUAAGGUGCAGUGGUGAGUAUAAAUAUGUCCUCACUUUCUAGAAUUAUUCUGUGGUUGCAUAAGGUGCUGUUUCAUUUUCUCCUUUGUGUUUAAUGUUGCUGUGCAAACUGGCAAUACGGAUAGGAAAGUUGUAAGAAUAUAUGGAGAUUAUUAAUGGGAGUUGAAACAGGUACAUAGAUCUGGCUCUCUCAUUUGUGGGCCAUAUAUUUUGAGAUUAUUUUAUUUGUCCCAACAGAAGGAUGCUUGCCUAUGAUAGGCGUUCUGAGCCACGAGUUGGUGAAAGGGUGCCCUAUGUCAUUGUGUAUGGCAUGCCGGGGUUGCCUCUCAUACAGUUGGUUAGGCGGCCGAUUGAGGUUCUACAGGAUCCAAACCUGCGUCUGAAUGCCACUUACUACAUCACCAAACAAAUUCUUCCUCCACUGGCUAGAAUCUUAUCACUUAUUGGCAUAGAUGUUUUCAGCUGGUAUCAUGAAUUACCAAGGGUAAGUAGGUGAAAUAGUAAAUUCUGGAUAUGGCUACAGCUGGAAUGGAGUUUUUAUAGAUAAGUACAGUGGUACCUUGGGUUAAGAACUUAAUUCGUUCUGGAGGUCCGUUCUUAACCUGAAACUGUUCUUAACCUGAGCUACCACUUUAGCUAAUGGGGCCUGCCGCUGCCGCUGCGCGGUUUCUGUUCUCAUCCUGAAGCAAAGUUUUUAACCCGAGGUGCUAUUUCUGGGUUAGCGGAGUCUGUAACUUGAAGUGUCUGUAACCCAAGGUACCACUGUAGUUUAAAACAGUUAGUACUUCUCCUGGUUACUGAAUUGGCUCUCCAACUAUCAGUGUUAUUCAACCAAAUGGAGAGGGUAGAGGGUAUUCCUACCAAUGUGAGCCGGUGGCUGCUGUGGGAGGGAAGGUCCAGUUACCUGAUGAAUCACUAACAGGUUUGGGACAGGUUAACAAAAAGAUUUUCCUUCCAACCCCUUAUCACUUGAUGCAAGACUUACUAGGAAGAGGGUUGUAGGAAGACUACCCAUAGUAAUAGCAAUGCACAAGAAAGAAAGAAUAAAGCAAAACACACACCUACAGGUUAUGUAUAUGCAGACAAGGAGUUUGCUUGCUAUAGACCCAAACCUCAGAUUGUUCAUACCUCUGGUUCCCACCUGGAAUUAGUUGGCCAAAUGGGAAACAAGGUAUCUAAGGUGGAUUUCCACAACACAUUAAUAGGGCUGGCUUUCAUCCAUCCUGAUAUGAACCACCUUGUGUGUGGGCAGCCUCUCAAUAAUGGUUUCACUUAUAGCAUGUGGAGCGGAUCUCAAAAUGGGUGUUCAGCUCCACCUAGUGGUCAUAGGAAAAAUCUCAGCUCCAACAGUUUUGAAUGGACUUGUUGAUAUGUUUUGAUAUGUCUUUGGGAACGUAGGAUGCCAAGACCCAGCAAUCUUUAAUUUGAGAAGGUGUAAAUUUGAUCAACGUAUGUUGGCAAAAAUGGUUAUUACUUAUAUGUAUCAAAUAUUUUUAAACCCUGUAGAUCCAGAAAGCUGCUACCACAUCCCACAGCGAGCAGGAAAGCCGAAAAGGGACAAUUUCCCAGUAUUUCACCACUCUACACUGUCCUGUGUGUGAUGAAUUGACUCAGCAUGGCAUCUGCAGUAAAUGUAGGAGCCAACCACAGCAUGUGGUAGUGAUUCUUAAUCAAGAAAUUCGAGAGCUGGAACGUAAGCACGAACACCUAGCCAUGGUAGGGGAAAUAAUCUUUUAUUUUGCUUCUAAUAAACUUGAACCUAAAAUGAAACUUUUCUGAGGUGGAGAAAACAGCACCUUUUGUUUUUUAAUAGUUAAGUAUAACAUGUUCCCUAAUAAGCAAAAUAACAAACUUUCACGAAAGGUAUUCCAAAGGCAUGAAAAAGUGCUAUCAGAGAAACUGGCAGGCUAAUGAAUGACCUUUUAAUACAAAUUUAUGUUGGAUUCCCCGAUAUUUUGCACAAGAACCCCAUCAUAAAGAUCUUCCUUUUAUGUGACGGAUUCUGUUUGCUUUGUACAGAAAUUAAAUCUGACUGAAUUUGGUUGUAAACAGGUUUAUUAAGCCACUCUUUUAUCAAAGGAUCAUCAUCCAGUUUCCAUUUUUAAACUGCUAGAAUUUCUGCCAUUAAAUGUAUAUUCCCCACUGUUCUGUUAAUUUCAAUAUAUUAUUUAAUAUUACCAAGAAGUACCAGGAUUUAAUGGAACUGUACUCUCAUAAAAAUUUUCAGUGCAUUUAUAUCCAAUAUACCUUAAUCCCACAUAUAUAGCCGAAAUCAAUCUUAUCUGCAAUGCAGCUCUUGCCAUUUAUAAAUCUCUUACUUUGCCAGAUGCAUGGUACUAAAAUGUUGAGUCAGCUAGAAUUUUUGUUAAAAUAUUGUCCAUUAUUUAUGCUUACUUUUUUCCUUUGAGUGAAUGUGUUCUCAAGUGGAAUGUGAGCUCCCUCCUGCAAUGCAGGAAAAGGCUGCUUUCCCAUAUGGGGAUCCAACCUGUAGCGUGGGCAUCGCUGCUGUGUUUUUAUGGGGUUGGUUGAUUCUGGCCUUUCCGUCCCUCUCUUUUGAAAGCCCAUUCAUUUCCUACAACCCUCCUCACGUUGUUUUUAGUGUUGGUCCCAUCUCACCUGUCUUCCUCCAAGUAAAUGUUGUAGCCAAGAUUAUUAUACUUCUUCUACUUAUGUGAAUUUUACACUACUCCAUUUUACGUACCUUUAGAUAUGCAAGAAUUGUACAGGCUGCUUGGAGCGACAGAUACCUUGUGUUUCACUGAAUUGUCCUGUACUUUACAAGGUCUCAAGAGUAAGCAGAGAAUUAUCCAAGGCACCGUAUCUUCGCCAGCUACUUGAUCAAUUUUAGAUUGCCUAUAAUAAUAGCAGGAUUGCAGGUGCUAUUUUUUUUAAUGUUUACCAUUCUAAAACUAUCAUGCAUGGUCCUUCAAUUUCAUCUUGUCUAGAAUUUUCAUUCAUUGUUGACCUACUCUGAGAAAUAAUAAAUGUUUGUCCUAAGUAAAUUGAAAAACACUUGUUAAUCUAUUAAUAACUGACUUUUUACAAUGUCAAUUUUCCUCAUUCUUCUGCCUUUGUAACAUACUGUUUUAUAAUGCAGAUGUUGAAAUAGCUGUGUUAACAUCCUGUAAAUCCAUUUCAAUAUAAAAACUUUUCCCCAAUGGGCUUCUGAAGUACUGAAAAUCUUUGGGGAAAUGUCAUUGUGUUUUAUUGAAUUGUCAGUAUCAGGAUGUUACUUAUAGAUAUCUCAUCCACUUUAUAAUUUUGACUGCAGAAUAUUUUGUAAAUAGACUUUUUUACUUUUCAAACAACUGAGUAAAAAUAAUGUGCAAUGAAUUUUAUACGGACAAUUUUAAAAUCAGUUGGAGUAUUUCUCCUACGUUUUGCUUGAUUCCAAGUAGCUUUGUUGUUUUGACCAGACUGUGCAAACAGUAGCGUGUAGCAUUUUUGAAACAUUUUCUAAAAAUCACUGUCUUGCUUUAGCUAUUAAUUGGGGCAUUGUGAAGAACUGUGCAAAGACAUUUUUGUUACAAACCUGUGGGACUGUUGCAAUACUUUAAAUAAGAAAUUUUAUUCCAUUUUUGCUUUUGUAUAGACAUUUCUAUUGCUUCUAAAUAUGCUUAAUAUUUCAUGAUGUACUGUACAGUUAAAUCUUAUUUGCCAUCAUCUUGAGAAAAUGUGUAUUUAGAAUAUUUGUAUAACUAUAAAAUUAAAAGGAAUUAUGUGGUCAGUGCAUUUUUUAAUUGAAAAUCAUUUUGUUUUAAAAAUUAAUGGAAACCAUAGUAAAAUAAAUGUAUGUGCAUUUUUAAACUUC